AUUAUUUUGAAGCUUGAACCACUUUACCGACAUUAAAACGUUUUCAGCUGAUAACACACUCGUCGAUAUCUAAAAGUAAAACCUCUCAGUUUAGAAAUAUCAAAGUGAAGAUAUUUCGUGUUUUUGCAUCUUUCGCGUUUUUCCUCUCCACCGUCCGAGCGCACACUUCCUCACCAAGCGCGCGCAUUAAGUGAUUUCCCCUCCUAUAGUAGUCGUGAUUUUGGUGAAUUCAACAAUUCAACAAGUUGUCUCCCUCCUCCCCAGUCGUCGCUGGUCCCAGUUGGGUUUCUUGGGGGGUAAACUGGGCUGUGACGCUUCCGUCUGAUGACAUCAUCCAGUCAGUCCCUUUCAGUCGGACAGUCGCGCGCUCACUCAUACUCAGAUGAACUAGUUGGAGCAGCGCGAGCGGCAGCACUUCAUUACGUCCACGCAGCUCCAGCUGGGGGAAAUAUUCACCUGUGCGCAGCCAGGACUAAUCCACGCGGAUUUUUCUUUUUCAUUAUUUGAGCAGACUCCCGUCUCUAGGGCGCACUGAUUAGGGACACCAAAGAGAAUCUCUGUCGGACCUCUUGGUCUGUCCUCAAACCUGACAAGUUUUUCAUUUGCGCUGAACGAGAGAUUUUUAUCACACAGAAACUGACCCCAGGUCUCAUUUUGAACGUGCAUUCAGGAGAGAGCGCGUGCUUCAACAGAGAGGACCGUAAUCAACAAUGGCGAGACAUGACGCCCGAAAUUGGCAUGACUGCUCAAAAAUGACCGGACUUCUCUGCUUGGUGCUGUCGAUACUUGUUCAAUACGGUAAGAAUCAACCUUUUCUUUAUAAAAACUUAUGAGGGAGAGCCACCUGGGUUCAUGUUUUCCCCCUAAGAGCUUUAAUAAUUGAAGAGGAGAUAAAUUUAAACCUGACUACCACCUGUCAGGGCGGUGACAGCAGGCAGGUGAUUUUCUCUUCGAGGUUUGCAGCUUCAAUCCGAAACAUUUCCCAGAAGUUGUUUCCCGAACUUAAUCGGUUUAAAGUAACACCACUGUGAUUCAUGUCGUUGUUUGCGUGGCUUUAUCAUGAGCAGUUUGUGUCACUCUCAACCCCGAGUUUCGGUCGGUGACUCAACGCCAUGUUUUCUAAGGUGUGGCUCAGUAGAGCAAGGUGUUUGUCUCAGGUAGUGCCUCUGUAGUGUCCUCUACCCCUCUCUAAACUGAGUCACUGUUUCAUUCUGUCCUUGGUCCCCUUUUCCCUGAAGCCACUCUUUUCUCCAUCUCACCGUCUCUCUUCUCCUUUUCUUCUCUCUGUCCGCACUUCACCCUCUAUUAGUUACAGUUCAGUAGAGGAAAAUGGGUCUGAAAAGAGCUCCUAAUGUACACAGUGUGUGUAACAGUGGGGGGUUACUGAAACUUAAUCAUUUGGCCUUGCGAAAAAAUCGUUUAACCAAUUCUAGCUGAGUUUUUGAGUGUAACUUCUUGCAAUUUUUCUUCUCAGGCCAAUUCCCACUCCACUGUAGAUUAGUUUCUGUUACUUUAAACAAGAAGAAAGGCAGCCAUGGCCUCUUUGGCAGCCUCUCCAGGUUAAUUAUUCAGGCGUUUUCCAGUCCACUUCAACUUACUUGGCCUACAGGUACCACUGCCACAGCGAGUAGGUUUUCCAAAUAAGAGAGAGAAAACAUUCCUGGCAUGCGGUUAACCUAUUAGCAUAUGAAUGUGUGUGACAUGAAACCAGUUCAACAUUUUCUCUGCCUCUGUGCAAGGCCAGCUAUUUGUUUUGUGCUGUAAUUAGGGCAAGAAUGUAGGACUAGAAUCCAUCUAACAUGCAGGGGCAAAUACAGUGUAUGUUUCUAGUAGAGUACAGUAACGCUGUUGAUUGUGGUGUCGUUUUAAUCACAACUCACGAGCAAGCUCUGGUUUUGACUUAUUCAUGCACUGGACCCUUUUUUGUCUGAUUACAUUUUACACAACAUGAACUGCUCUUAAGGGAAGGAGAAAAGUGGGGGAAAGAAAAACAAAAGGUUUUACGUAUUUAUGAGUGAGAAAAUACACAAGGCUUAACCAGAACAAGAGAAAACACGGCUCUUAGUUUCCUUUCAUUUAAGUCAUUUUUCAAAGUGAACCUCUGACCUUCUUUGGGGGAAUAGCUAAACUUUGCUUCUUUAAUUCUGCCUCUGCAGAGCUAAAACUUUCCACUUGUCUACUUUGCAUUUUUGGUUCCCUAUUUCCUCUCAAGUGGUGACAGCACCAUUUAUACCUCCACCUUCCAUCCUGCGCCUGAGAGUGGGAGAAGAGAUCAAAUUCUAUGUGAAGUUUUCAGUAUAAUGUGGCUAAGCUGUAGUCUCUAAAUACAACAUGGAGUUUGAUGGGUUUUUAAUUAAGGUAGGCUGCUUUAGUUGCUCAUGUAUAUGAAACUUAAUCGAAGCUGACAGGUGGGGGUCCCAGUUUAAGCUCUGAAAUUACACCAUAAUACAACCCCCACCCCCCAAGUCAAGGUUGUGAAGGGACCAUGGAUGUGGGUCAGAAAGGCUUGGCCCAUUACCAUGGAGAUGUUUUUAUUGGUUGAGGGGUGGGCUUAUGUGGGGGGGAGUUUUGGUUGGCGGGGGGUGUAGUAUGAGGCUAUGGCAGCAUUGUCUUUCUGGCUGAGUAAGCUACGUGCGUGCAGGGGGUGGCUGGCUGGCUGGCUGCCUGAGAAACUGUUGUGCAUGCAGGGUCAGGGCCGGGGGAGGAGGCCGCUUCCUUCUCUGCUCACAAACAAUCCAAUGUUUGUCUUAGUGUACCUGAAAGCCUCCAGCAAAGCUCAUUCAGAUGCAAAAGCUGCCCCGAUGUCUCUUGGAGGGUUUCGAGGAAACAGGUGGCUUUUUUUUUUGCAGCAGCCUGCUGCGAUGUGUGGAGUUGUAGCCGAGGUUCAGGACUGGCUGGAAAACCUGAAGGGGCAGCGCCUGAUUAAGACAGGCAGUGCCCCCACCUUCCCUCUUUCCCACCCGCCACUUGAAACCUUCCCCUCUCCCGCCAUCCUGACCUAACCCUCAACCCCUCCCUUCCCCACUCAGUACAUACAGGGGCCUUGUUCUGGUCUUAUUUUUAUUUUCAGCUAUCCGCUUUUCUUUUACGUCUGGUGCUUUUGUCUGAGUGAGGACCGUACUUGUUUGUACCCUCUCUUUUCUUCCCUCAUUUUAGUCUCUUUGGACUGAAGGCCAUGCUGUUUAUGACAGGAACAACAUACAGACAAGACAGGAAAAUAAACACUAUGACCUUACAAUAGUGCGCCACCAAGGCAUUAGCAUUUCCGAGAGAUGGUGUUUUUCAUAUCUCGUAAUCUUUACGGCUUUAGUUGUAAUACCUCAUGAAAAUUUACAGCAUUUUCACCCUGCCCUCCCACAAACACACACAAAGUGAAGCUGUCUCUUAACCCUGAUGAAGUUAUGUGUCUUUUGGCAGUGCUAGUUGUGCAAUAAGUCCAACUAUUAGCUCCAACUUUACCCCUCUCGAUGGAGAAGUUCUGUGUGAACAGUUCAGUCCUGCCAAGACUGCAAACAUUAAUCACUACAACUGAGAACAAGCAUUACACUCUGUCUAUUAAGAGGGAUGUAUUUGAUGGAUCAUCAUGGCUGGAGAUUAUUUUUUUUCCCUUAAUAAAAGAAGAAGAAGUAAGUCCUUAGUAUCUCAUUAGUCUCAGUGGAGCGCAGUGCUCCGGUCUUGGUUUGGUUUUGUGUUAAUGGCUGUCGCAGUUAGGUCCUGUCAUUAUGUAAAUGAGCUGUCCUCGCCCCUUCGCACCGGCCCUGUAAAUGUCAGAAGGAUUUUGAAAAGGUCAGGUGUGCGUGUCUAUAUGUGUGUUAGAAAGUCUCAUUCUAGUUGUGGUGUCGCCGCUGGUUUGAACACCCUCAUGCGCACACACACACACACACACACUCACUCACUCACACACACACUUACUGAGCAGUCUUCCUGUUCAAAUGACCCAUCAAUAACCUCCUCCUCCCCCUUAUAAUCACCAUUAAGAGUCCGUUGAUUCAGACAUAAAAGUGAGCUUGAAUUUACAGCUUAAUGGAGAUGUGAGAGUAAUACCAAGUGAGUAAGUGUGUUUGCAUGGACACUGUGAGGCUGGAGUGGUCCCAUUAAUUUUAGAAAACUGGAUUGUUAAACGACCGAAGAAAAUAUUUGGCAUUUUACCAGUGAGCCGAAUGAUUUAGGCAGCUUUGUUAUGUCACUAGGUGUACCACUUCAAAAUUGUGUUUCAGUUAAGUGGCAAUAUUAAGUGGGUGCCUUUUGGAUGAAGCAGCUUUUAUCAAACAAUAAAUUAGAGAUUUUUAAUUUUUCCAAACCUUUAAUUAUUUUUGACCUACGAAAAUUAAAAUUCUGUUUAUCCCCAACAUCCAACAAAGUUUUCCAUUUAUUUAAAUGCUGAUGUGGGUUUCACUGCAGUUCUGUUGUUUUUUUUUUUAUCAAUAAGCGUGACGUCAAAGGAUCCAUCAGGUUUAUUGUUGACUUAACAAAUACCAUCAGACAGGACCAAGCGAAUUCAGCUGAGAUAUGUCUGAGGACACAAGUCAGUGCAUCUUGUUGCUUUAAAGGCUGCAUUAUUGGAUAAUGAAUAAGGUCGGGAGUUGUCCUUUUUAAGUCAGAUGACAAAUCAGCAAAAGGAAAGCAUCCUCACACCACAAGAUUUAGUUGAACUUUUGAUUCCUAUGAAGUGAUGCAUCAUCCUCACAUGAAACUGUCUGAUCUUGCAGACGUCAGCAUCCUUCCCUUUUCUUCUCUUCAUUAAAAUGCCUACUUACAAAGACUCUCUUCCCCUAACUCGUCUUUUACAAAAGUGGCCAGCAACAUUAUAGCCAAAACAAUGAGGCAUCAUGUGGGAAGUCCCCCUCUCAGCUUCUGCCUGACUGACUUUGUUGGUUAGAUUGCAUCCUGUCUGUGUUGGGGUCACAUUAGGAGCCUUCCACAGGGGUGUUUGUGUUUGGCUCCCAGGGUUGCCAGACUGCUGGAGUCAGACCCCUGUGAUUCAAAAGAAAAUGAGCCGAAAUCUUGGUUCUCAGAAGGGAUGCCAGAUAUGAUUCUCAUGAAAAAAGGUGCAGCUGAAGGGUUUCCAAAAACAAAUCUGUGCUCGUUUUGUUGCUUUUGGCAGAGAGGCGUCCUUAUUUUUUUUAAAACUGGUAUCUCUGCUUUAAAUCUGAGAGCAUUAACUCAAACACUGCUAUGAGUUCACUGCAAGAGACCACUCCAUAAUGUACUCGAACCACCCACGUGUUUCAACAUAAUGGAGAGUUUUAAGACACCACUAUUUGCAAUAGCAGCACGCCAGCAGCUUAUCUUGUGUAAAAAUGCUACAAGGCAUGUGGCUUACUUUGUUUUUUAGUCACACACACUCAUUUCCACACCAUUAGUCAAGAUACCUUCUGCCAAAUCUGCAUUUCCCUCCAUCUAACACACUCCAGAUGGAAUUCAGGGGGAUGCAGGUCAAAGCCAUUCCAACUGCGCCUAUGUGCAGAACAAGCGAUAAUUCCAACUGAAGAUCCAUUGAAAGGCAGCCAAAGUCUUUAAAAUAAAAUCCUGUUAAUUAACUAGACUUGGGAGAUGGGUGUCUCUGUGACCCUGCUCUGUUGUUGAAAUCACAGAGGAGGAGCAGUGGAGGAGGAGCAGAGUGCUGAGUGGGGGUUGAGGAUGUCGACAUUUUCAAAUUCCACAGCGCAGCAUCUUGGCAGCGGUUAUGAAGGAGGAUAUCAAAAAACUCUGUGAGGGAGUGAACUCGGGGGGCCAAGAAUUAUCAGCUCAUUUGUAAUUUAGCCCCAUCCCUCUUCUCUUUCUCCUUCCUCUAAAGCAUGAGACUCAUAUCUAAUUACUAUGAAGCCUUCCAUUGUGCACUAACCUUUCUCUUUUUAUUAUUGUUACCUGACCUGUAUUUGCUGCCUGUCAUCUCUCUUCUCUUUCCUCUGUCUUUGUCACAAUCUUUUAUUUCUGAAAUCUUCCCCACGGUGCACUCAGCACAUCUCUGUGCAACGCAGCACUAAGGCCCUUGACUGUGUCCUCCUCAGUGUGUCCCCACAUGCAUGGAAUGGACGCACACACUCCCCGGCACACACAUGCACAGGGCGGCUCAUUAGCAGUCACCUUAAUGUCUCUAAAUGUAGUUUGUGAGGUGGAAGGUGGUUUGCGUUAUCGAUCCUGUAUUGAAUGGUGGAUGAUGCAGUGCCCUUAUGUGAUAUUGAAAACAUUUAGAGCCGGCUCCGUCAGUGUGACAGCACUAUGAAACAUCUCUCUCUCCCCGCCUCCUCCUCCUCCAAGUCUAAUCCCUCGCUGCACCCUCUCUGCCCCCCAGUUCGUAAAAACGUAGCACUAGGUUUUGCUCUUUGCCUCUUGUUUCCUUUCCAUUUACACGUUGACUCUCUUUUGCCCGCAUGUGUAACCAGCAAUAUUAUAGCUAUUUUGACAAUUUGUUACCUAUCUGUGCACCUCUGCUCCUCACAGCCGGAGGUGCUGCAUCUUCAUCACAUCUGACUUUGACAAGGUCGUGUCAAAUUCGCACUUAUCUGAGGCAAUGUACAGGCGGGCUACAUAAGGAAAUUGAAUUUUCUGCGGCGGGGUCUUUUCAGGGCUGCAGGAGCUGGAUAUGGAGUCAGGAUCCCCCCAAAAAACCUUCUGUAAACUGAUUGCUCCCAAUGUUCUUGCUCAGCGAUCUCAGGAACAAAGUGAAAUUAAACACGGUAAAAAUCUAGUGUUCUUCCACAGAUAUCAUCUCAGAAAUAGAAGAUAGAGGGAAACCGAAAGAUAACGCACAACAGGUUUAUUCCUCAUGAUAGUAAAGCGGUGAGUGUUCUUUUGUUUCACAACACAGGCAGCGCUGCGGCGAUCCUACCGCUCUGAUACGAGUCUCAGCCAUUGUUUCACUUGUUGGUUUAAAAAUGUGUCGCCAUGCUUCGCUGAUAAGCAAGCAGCACAGCCGUCAUAGGUCCCCCGAGCCUCCAAAUGGCAGGAGCAUUUAAAUCCUCCCCUGAAGCGAACAGCACAUUAAGGUCAUACGGAGGCAGCAGGUUUGUUCACUUAUCAGGCCUGUGUUUUGUCAACAGGGUGUGCCAGGGUUUGUUUGGUGUGGCGCUUUAAGGAGAACAGGGUCUCGAUUUGUUUUCUGCAACCAUCGGAGUGACUGGCUGCCUUCCUAAUCGGACACUUGUUCCACUCCUCCAUCUUGAUUCAUUCUUCUUUCCCUGCCCUCUCUGUCUUCCCCUGUUUACGUUCUCUUCUAAUGCCCUAACUUCCUUCUUCUCCGUAAUUCGGUCUGCAUAAUUGAUCCAUCUGCUCAGUAAACUGCUGUGUCUUACUGUAUCUUCUUUCCCUCCUCUCGUCCCGCUCUUUGUUCUAAUUCCCUCCGUUCUUAGUCAUCAAUCCCUCGUCUCUGCUUCUGUAAUUGGAAUGUCUGUUGCUUUCCUCUAUCCUCUUACUCUCUCUUUCCCUCUUAAUCUCUAUCUCUCUCUCUCCUCUCUUUUCUAGCUUUCUUUCCUCUCCCUCUGUCCCACUGUCCAAUUCCCUAGCUGUCUCUUCUACCUAUGUCAGAGUUUCUCUUUAAGUCUGUCCAAACUGCUCAUGCCACUUUCCUCCUCCUCCUCCUCCUCAUUCGCUUCGUCUUUCCUACCUCCUUAACAGCAACCUUCCAUGCAUACACUUAGUACUGCAAGCAUCUGCACCACCUUACCUCCCUUAACAAGGUCUUCUUCUUUUUUUCUUUUGCACAUCAAUCAUUUCUCUCUCUCUCUCUCUCUCUCUAUCUUUCACACAUGCUUCCUUCUCUCCCUCCUUCUCCUUCUAAUGGCCAAGAACACCUCCUCCCACUCCACCCUGGUGGGCAUUUUUGAAGGUUAAGUUGCUGUGACACUUUUACAGUGUUCACCCCCUCCCCCUGAUUGUCUCACCCUCCGCGCCCUCCCUCUUCCCAAACGACACUCAUCACCACCACCUCCCUUAAGCAUCCACGCAAACACAAACGCACGCACGAGCAGAGCGCAAACCUUACAUACGUCUCGGACAAAUGCUCUAGAUUCUCGUGGAUGUCUGGGUUGAUUUGACGGUUGAAUCACUUGAUUACUGUGCAGAGGACAAGAAAGAGGAAGUGACAGAACAAAGUCAAGCAAGCGAGCGAGCUAAGACAGGAGAAAUGGAAACAGAUGCAGGAUUUUAUUUCAUUUCAGCAGAACUAACCUGUCGUGCAGUGCUGGGAUCAGGCUGACAAUGUCCACUCCCCUGCUGCUACAUGCUGUCACACACUCAUCUCCCCCACAGGGAGUUACUAGGCCAGUAAUAAAGCUUGACUCAUUCAACCAGAAUCUCACACUGACGCUGAAAGGAGGGGUGGACUCAUUUUUGGAGUUAAUUCUAAAUGAACAAGUUAAUACUGAGACAGAGAACUGUCUUUUUUCAUGCUCAGUUAGUUGGAUUAUCUUUGUAGAGGUACAGUAAUGUGCACACAUGCCCGGAAAUUCAGCAGCUCUUAUGUCAACAAGAGACUCCCCGAAAAAAUGUGCACACAGGCUUGAAUUAACAUCACUUCUGUCUGGGGUGGGAUUAUUUGUAGAAAAAAAACGUAACACAUUGAACUUAAACUCCCCUUUCUCUGUAAGACAGCCUCAAAGAACCUUACAGUAUUUUAAAGAUUCAAUAAUCAUUAAAAAGCGCCUACUUAUCACUUAAUAUAAUCCAUCCAGUGUAAAGCUAAGAAGCAAAUUGCGCCAAUUUAGAGACAUCUAAAUAAAGGAUCACAGAGUCUUCUGAUAAUAGAUUUGAAACUGGUUUGCUGAUUGGCUCGUAGCAGAGUUAGCACCACCCACCUUCAGUUCUCCUUGUGGGAUUUUGUCCACAUGCCUGUGCUGGUUAUGCAAGCUGAAUGUUUUUAUGCCAAUUUAACAAGACACAGCAUACUUGAAACUAUAUCUCAAUUUUCUAGAUCAAUAUGCUGCCAAACCACACAAAGCUUCAAGAUGCCAUCUGUCAUAUACGCUUGUUUACAUCCAGGUUGUAGGGGAUUAUGGCGUUAUAGCAGUAUAUACAUUGACCAAAGUUUAUUGACCUAAAGAUUAAGUGUAAGCCAACAACUUUGCAAGCUUUUUUGAUCCUUGUCUGAACUUUUCUGCAUCUUGUUGCUGGCAUCGAAUGUAAAAUGAUCCGUCCUUAGUCAUCAAAGGACCUUAGCUUUCGAGAUGAGUUUUUCCCAGAACCUUCUGCCCAGAUAGAGCCCUUCAUUAAAAUAAUUGGCAGAGUAAUCAGUAAUAUAAAAAAAAGAUGUAGCUGAAUCCCUUAAAUAAAUAUCAGCGUAGUCAGUUUUCAGCCUUGUACUGUCAGGAAUGUUGUAAUGGUGAGCUACUUAAAUGAAUUAAAGACCCACUCCGAUGAAAGUCAUGUUUUUCUUGUUGUUUACAUUUUUAUAUGGCAUUUUUCAGAUUCUACGGGACAUAUCAUGAGAAAAGAAAGUGCGAUAUUGCAUUUCUGAGUAUUUCUGCAUUCAAGUUGCUGUGAACCUCUCACAGAUGCAAACGACAGGUUCAGAUUACAUAAGAUUUCCUUCGUAGCAAAUCCAAGCUCGGAAAAGUAGAUGACGAUCAUGUAACAAGCGUGUGCGUUAGUAGAUGCUCGCAAGAAAGCUAAUUAUGAUGUUAGCUUUCAUCGUGUCCCUACAGAUAUUAGUGUCUGUUAGCUGAAUAGCUCCAGUUACCUGCCACUUCUGCUACACCGGCAGUGUUAGCCUGCAAGCUAGCUAUCACGACUCAAAGGCGGUCUUUAAAGCAAGUUUUAGAAAGCCACAACUGAUUCACUGUAAAAAUGAGGAAAGGCAAAGUUGGAUGUUUUUUGGUCCUAUUUUGGGUACACUACGAUUGCAUUAAUUUUUAGGGCAUUUUAAUCAUAUCGAUUCCUUUUAAUUUCUCAAUCUGUGUCUGUGUUCCCUUAUUUUCACACAGAGGUUGCAUCUUAAUUAGGUCUGAAGGUUUGAUUAGAGCUCUCAUAAUGGAUUCUUAAACUGUAUAAUUAAGAUCAGCAGAAGAAGAAUUCAGCAUUCACCAGCAGCGACCUUGAGAUGUUGUUUUUCUGUCCCAGCAGUCAGCUGGCUGCUGCUCGACAGAAUGAUGCACUUGGUGUUAACUGAACACAGAGACACUAUUGUUCUCAGCCCGAGCUCGGAGACCCUCUUUCCUCCCCCUCCCUCGCUCCCCUCAGACUGUCCCCCAUAAUCCAGGUGAGCAGAGGGAGACCAGUAAAAAGGCCAUCCAUUGUCCUCCCUCCCCACUCUUUUCCCUCCCUGUGCACCACACCUGUAUCAAUGGACAGAGCUGCCUUUGAGUGGUGGCCCUGGAGGGAAAGUGGCUCUGUGUAACAGGAGAUGAUUGCUAGUUUCUUUUCAAACAGAGGCUUAUAGAGGGGCUUCUUUUUGUUGCGUGGAUGGUCUAUUGUGAUGCCUUUUUUCGGUAACAGGUUUUCUCGGCUUUUAUAUAUAUUUCUCAGGGGGCGUGUUUGUGCAGAAAGUCCGAUAUUUGCCAGUUGGUUUGCGAUGCGCUUGUUUUUCCCUCGCAUGUAUCAUACGCUCGCUCGUUACUUGGCUGCUUGCUCCUCUAGCUUUCCAUCUUGGCCUCUUUAGGAAGAGCCGGCAGGGAGAGGAUGAGAGAGGAGAGCAGGAGAGACGGUAUCUUCUCUGCUGACUAGUACUUGUCACAGAGGCCCCUCUGGGUGUUUGCUUGCUCCCUCAGGUUGCUGGAAGCCAUUUCCUGAAGUCGUCUCCAAGCUUUUUCUAAAAGCGAGUUUUUAAAGGAAACACUUUAGCUGCUUACCUCUGUCCUUUUUUCCUUUCUUUUCUCUUUUUGCAACAAGCUUGCGGGUGAUUCUUGCACCAGUGAUUCAUGAAUUUCUCUCUGGCACGGCACAGUCACGGGGGGCACACGCACAAGUGUGAGUGUGUGGUGUGUGUGUGGAGUGUGCGUUUGAACGACAGUGGAAGGAUGCAUGCUUGGGGGGGGAAGGUAGAGAGGGUGAAAAAGGGAGGGAAUGGGCUCUGAUGCCAGCCGUGAUUAGAGCGCUAGCACUUGUCGUUUAAGCACACAUUUAAAUAGACACAGCCUCGGGUGGAUGGAGGGGGGAGUGAGGUGAGGAAGAGGAUGCGGUUCCUCUGCUUGUGUAAACUAACACAAGCUUUCUCAAUUGUUCUGGUUUUAAAUAGAAGUCCCUUAGGCUCCACCUACCAACUUUCCUUGUUCAUUUGUUUAUCUCUCUGUCUCCUCUUUUUUUCUUUUUCUUUUCUUGCUCCGCCGCCUCGCUCUCUCCAUUUUGUUCUUUACUUUGGACACAGAAUUCCUUUAUCUAGCAUAGAUUAUUGAUGUCCUCCAUAGAUGUUUUCCUGCUCCAUCCUCCUCCUCCACCUCCUCCUCUGCAUUCUUUUACAUGACCCCUCUUUCCAUGUGUCCACUCAUGUUGCUGUCAUCCCUGUGCCAGUCAGUUCCUUUCCUCUCGUCCAGUCUACCCCCCCCUCCUCAUUCCUUCCAGAUGACUCUCUCUUCCUCUGUCUCCCCCAUCAUCACCUCGGUCCAUUGUGAGUUCUCUUCCUGCCUAUACCCCCCCUCCAUCAUUUUUCAGCUCUCUCCCUUCGCUCUUCCUCUUACCCUCUCUGAACUUGACUCUGACUCGGCCUGCUUGGCUCAGGUUUUCGUGCCCUAUUUGGAUUUCUUUCCCUUAUCCCACGCUCGCUCUUUACCUCUCUGACUCCUCUCUUUAGUUGUGUAUUUACAUAGUGGAGGGGGACCUGUCUUGGGGGAUUGAUGGAUGGGGAGAGGCCACGGGUGAGGGGAUCUGGGUGUUUGAUGGACGCUCCUGUCAGUCAGGAUGCUACUUAAAGAAUUGGCUGCUUCGCUAUUGCCUAAAGGUCCUUCUGAAGAGGACUUUCAAGCUUUAUUGAGAUAUUCACCUCCAAUAGCUCACUCUCCUGGAUCUAAAAUUAUUGUCAUAAUGUGCCCUCAAAGCUCCUAAUGAGCUCAAAUAAACUAUUCUCAAGACGUAUAUUGACAUUUUAGAACAUGCAACCUCCAUCGACGGAGGCACUCUGCUGCACUGCACGCCUGCCCUUUAAAAAGCUCGUCCCUCUUAGAUGACAUAAUUAUGCGGUGUCAACGUGUGACAAGCUGAGCUUAGCUGCAUUAGAAGAAUUAAUAUGCACAGCGUAGGAGUGAGCCUGUCCGUGAUCUUCUAAUGCUUAUAGCCACUCACUCCCCUCUGCUCAUCCAGGGAAGCCAUCACAAUCCUGGAGCGAGUUAUCUCCAAAGCCAUCAGGGCUAAUGUUCGACCCGUCUUUUUCUUUUUCCCCCUCCAGUAGUAGGUUUUCAACUGGCAUAAUCUCCAUCCAAUAUUGCAUUCAUUUGUCAAGAAUAAUGAAUGCACUUGAGCUUUUUCUCGCGGUCAUUUGGUGCUGACACCGGGGUUAAUUGGCCUUAAAAUAAUCAGAUAAAGGCUAUGAUAUCAUGGUUAGGCCAGUCUGAUUACAGAUGGUAUGAAUAAUUCAGUGAUAAUCCUAAACCUGUGAAGAUUUGAAUAUGACAGUUAAAUUCCAGCUCAAUGCACAUUGUUGUAAGAUCUACCGCCUGUUUUCAACAUUGGUUUAAAUCUUAUUUCAGAGAUGUUUUCAUACUCUUAUAAAUCACUUAAAGGAUAAUUAACGAAAAUUAAGGAAAGUAACGAUAUGGCAUGAAAAAUGGCAAUAUUAGACAUGCUAUUAUAAUCUAAGAGUGUAAUAUGUUUGCUUAACACUGAUACUAUUUUACUGAACACGACUUAAUAGCACCAGUGAGGAAGUGAAGUUGAAAUUAGUGCAGCUGCUGUCUGUUUCAUAGAUCAUAACAUCCAGCACAGGCCAGCACAGAGAGUGUGUUAUCUGAGUUGUUUCAGAAAAACGAGCUCGAAAUAUUGCAGCAGUUUUCCAACAGAGAUAAUACACUGCAGAAUGAAGGGAACUUAAGUGCCAUCUGACUUUGCCUCUGCAUUUUUCAUGCAUGGUUAUCACAACUUGAACCAGUAAACACUCACACAUCAAACAUCUUUGCCUUUGUCUGUUUUAUUUUCUACAAGGCCAGCCAUGCACUAAGCUGUGUAAUGCCUUUUGCCAUACCAGUAAACACAAUGUAAAUAAGAAAUAUGUGGAGCUGAAAUGAUUUGUUGAUUCCCUAGCAAAAAUGACACACAUUUCUCAACUCUAGCCUCUCACUUACUGUUAAGUCUUAUACACAGUAAAGAAUGGCCUGCAUUUAGACUAAUUAUAGGCCUUGACUGAUACCAAGUCAAUGCUUUAGAAUAUAAUUACAAUAACUCCAGAUAUCUACAUUUUGACAGUUUUUGAUGUUUUACUGUCAUGCACAUCAUUCCAAAUGAUGAUUAUUAGUCUCAUCAACUAUUUAUAUUAGUAUCAGUAUAGUAUUAUUCUCCAUAUGGCAUUUAUAAACUGAGCUGGAAUCGUCGAAAUCAUAAAGAAAAUGUUUGUUUUCAUUAUAACAUUUGCUCAUCAGUGUUAAUGCAUUAGUCGUGGAGGGGUUAAGGUUCAAACUGGACACAUUAUUUUUCUUCACUCGCUUGCUGUGUUUUCCCCUCAAGCACCCCGCAGUUAAGCAGUUGUAGCAUCUUCCUGUUUCCAACUGCUACCACAAGGAACCACCACUGUGCUUUCAUAUGGUACAUUUCCUGUUCAAAAACUCUCAGGCGACACAUUUACAAGUUAAUGUGGUGUGCACUUUAUGUCAAACAGAAUGAAAUUAGCACCAAAGUACGAAGCAUACAAGAGCCACAAAUCAGACUGAUGUCAGCAGGUAACUGUUUCACAAAAGCCAGUAUGGCACUACUUUGGAGUGAGCAAAUUACAGCAGACUUGCAGCUAAAUAGAGACAGUUAACAAGGGUACUUGCUAGAUGGGUGGCAACUAACAGCAAACACUAUGUUUUUUGGAAACCGCAGUAUGAAGCUGUCUUAGUCAUAAAUCAAAGUCUGUUUAAUCCCAAACCAAACACUGAUAAAUGCUUUACAAAGUUAUUAUGGACCUAAAAAUCUGUUUUGAAAUGCAAGACAACCAGAUUUUGAUUUGAAAUAUUCAUCUUUUAAGACCUGAUUUAUGCUGGUAGAUGACUAAUAAAGACACCAAAGGGUAUUCAGUAGAGAGAAUGGCAGCGGUGUUAAAAAUGAAGAUGUGUCCAGGUGAAGGUUGCCCAAAGGCCUUUUUGAUAAAUAGAGGGCAUGAGCCAGUGUAGCACAAAAUCAUUAGACCAAAUCCCAAACCUCACUUGAGUCUAUAACAGGAGGAUCGGAGAGAACUAAAUCUGCAGAGAUCAUAUGAAUGGCAUGUAGCGGGAUAAGCCAGGAGAGGAGGGGAGGGUGGGCCGUGUGUUUGGAGGUAAAUGUAUGUUGGCAGUAGCUAAAGGGGGGAAAAGAGUGAGAUCACAAUGCAGGAGAGAGAAGUCUGUUACUGAACCAUCAGCCGCGGUAAUGAGACACAGGUGCAGCCCAGGGAACCACAUCCCCUAUCAGGGAGGAUGAUGGGAAAGCUGGAAAGCAAUGUAGAGCUCCAAGACAAAAGACUCAAAGCUGCGUUUCAUUUUGAUGGAACAUUAUUACUUAUUAGCAUUCGCUUCCCCCACAGGAGUUCUUGAACAAUCACCCGAAAACAGUAGGCACCCUGGGGACGUGUCAUUACUCUGGGCGCCCGGGCUUUUUUUCAAAGUCUCCAUUCAUUUGCAUCUAUUUUGGUCCGCCUAGUUAAAAAAUCAUAAGUGCAACACAUUAAAAACAAGCCUGACACGAAGCCACAUCAUAGAAAUAAUUCUGGGGCUUUGUUUGUAGUUCAUCAACAACUCUGAUCAUUCCAUUUAGAGUUGGUUUUCAAACAUAUGCUAAUGAAUGUUGAGCCAGGAAAAACCGGCGCGUUGUUGCGAUGCUGCAGCUGAUUUCAGCACACGAUUGUUAAUGAACUUAUAUUUGGAGUUUGCUUGCUAAAAACAGAAAAUGUGUGGAUUAGUUUAGAAAAGCUGCUUUGAAAAUUGGUUUGCAGAAAGUGGAAAAAACUAAAGAUUAAGGAAGGCCGAGGGGAGAAUGUAAGGUGACAGAUUGAGAUAGGAGAGAGGAGAAGAGGAAAGAAGGGCACAAGCUGCACAGGAAAAAGGUGUUAAGACAGUGUCAGGGGGAUUGAAUCAGAGGACUGUGUGUGAGGAUGUGAGCAGCAGAUACACACUGUCUGCCGCAGGCUAGGUGAGGUGACUACUGUUGCUAGUUUCCUUGUUUUUAUACUUCACCAACUUUAAGAUCAGUCAAAGGCAGGAACCAGAUGGAAGGUUUGGGAGGAGACGAACCCCAGAAACAAGUGUGAGCGAGAAAAGAGGGAGAGAGAGAGAGAGAAGGAGGAGGAGAAGUGUGAUCCAGAGCAGGUGCGGUCAGCAAGUGCAUGUGGUUGCAGGGGUUUAUUUGAGUGGUAGACAUCAGAGGGAGUUAGAGAAUGGCCUUUGUAUUCAGCCAAUACUGAGUGAGUAAAUAUUUUGGAAGGGCAUGCUGCGUUGGUAGAUUGUUCUUUCAGGCGGCGGGGAGACAACAGAAGAGGGGAGGGAGGGGGGCAGAUUAAAGGGAAGGGGACGGCGAGCUAAAGGAAACUGUGCUGCAGAAGCUAUGUUUAUUCCACCAUGCAGAGACACGGACACAAACUGAGCUUUGUACCGCGCCCAGGCUAACUUAAUGUUAGAGCUAGCUGUGAGACGCUAGCUUGCUCUGCUUUGCUCUUUUCCCUUCAUUUGCUGCCAAAUGACAUCGCUUACUCUGCUGCGGGGUUGCCCUCGCUGCCAGCCGCUGCUAUCAUGAAUGAACAGUGUGUACUUCUCAGGGUCCCUACCUCUCCUCGGGGUGCUUCUCAACAGGGUGGAGGUGUACACUACAGGACAUAAGAUGAUAUUCAUGCUGAGGAAGCCUUGUUAGAGCCAUGUUUGAUGUUCCUCAUUUUCUUCUGCAACAAGAAUAAACAAGAGCCUGUGUAAAACAUGCGCAUGACCCCUGCGCCGCUCCUGUUGUGUUGAAUGUAUGUUUUGCCAUUGUGUUUAGGCAGGACAGCUCCAGUGGGGGAUAAGGGAUAAGAGGGUUCAUUCAUUCAUCUCUCGCACACACACACACCCUUAACACAUACACACACACACCUCCCUCCGAGGCCUUUCAUCUUUACUCUCACAGGCUUCUCUUGUUCUGUCAGAGAGAAAAGGGGAGAGAGAGGGAGAGAUUGAGGAAGGAUGUCAGGGAAGGGGUGAGAAGAGGGCGGGUCAAAAGAGCGAAAAAGACGGAAACAAGUGAAUCAAGUUUUCCUUCUCCCCCUAAAAAAAAAUCACAUCCACUGAGCGGCCCCUCCCUCUAACUCCAUUUGUGGAGCGUGUAACAGGUUGCAGAAGCUCUCUCUCUGCUUCCCUGCACUGCCAGAUCCUUUUCAUCUUCCUCCACCCUCCAUCUCUUUAAUUGUAUCCUUCUCCUCUUCUCAUCCCUUCAUUGCCUCGCCUCUACCCUCCUCCCUCUCAGUUCCUCUCUUCCUGCUCUGUCCAUCCCUCUCUCUCCCUGGGGCUUGCCUCAGUGGGUCGGUUCCAGUCUGUCUGUUUGCUGAUGACUCCACUUGGAGCAGAUGUGAUGCUCAGCAGCUGUUGCUCUGCUCUGCAGCAGCAUCCACCCCCCCUCCUCCUCUGCACUUCAUCCCCCACUUCAUAUCUCCCUCUGCCUCCCCCUUGCAAUGUCUCUUAUGUUCUUAUUUAUCUACAUGUCUCAUUGUUCCCUGCUGUUUGACUCUAAAUUGGCAAAUUUAAUUCGGUAUUUCAUUCCCUUGUCUUCUCGGAUGAGCCGCACCAAUUCGCUUCCCUCCUCGUCCUCCCCGAUGCAGCUGUUAACGUUCGGGCGAUAUUAGGAUUUCGGUCAUAACAAUAAGUUGGGAAUCUGCGUGUGAAUGCCAACUGUCGCGUCGCAAUCAUAGGAGAGGAAUGCAGGCCGUUGAUGGCGGCAUUGUAAAGGGCAGAGGGAGGGUAUUGUUCCAACAUAAAUCUGCAGAUAUGAGGGAGACGUGAAUGUGUUUUUGUAACUGCAGAUAAACAAAAAGACACUCUGUUGUUCAAAGCUGGGCCCAGAGCUAGAAUUAGAAAAUCUAUGUUUAGCUUGAUGUUUAGAUGUAUGGAGACAAAACGGGACUUGGACACUUGCAGAAUGAUGAAGUGGGUUUUUAUUUAGGCUAACUCCCACCAGUGGCCUGCUUCUGUUGGACUUAUUAGAAUCUUUAUUGGCUUUUCUGUGUUCAUUUGUUUUCCCUCUGUCUCUGCCUCUGUGAGGAUUAGCUGGCUGUUGAACUGAGCAUCCUCUGACAGGUGCCCUCUUGUCUGAGAUGAGAAGAGGCAGGAGGGGGGUGGAGGAAGGGGGGAACACGUCACUUUGAUGACUUCAGCCUGGGAGAAAUGUGUUUCUGGACAGGCGUGUGUUUGCGUGUGUGGCAGGGCGCGUGUGAGUUGUGUGCAUAAGCGUGCGUGUCACAUCUGUAAUUGGCUGCUGCCGAAGCCGCCGCCGCGCUCAAAGCACGGCCUCUGAUCUCGUGGAAAUCUGGGAUCAGCGUGGCAGAUCUGCUCACUAAUCAGCACUCAGAACCUCUCACACAGGAAUAUCAAACCUGCGCUCGGCUCUGGAGGCUGGAAUAUCACUGCGCUUGGGAUUUAAUCGCUCCAGAAAUCCCCUAAUGGGAAACGUUACAUGGAGUCUAAUUUGCGGAUGUGGAGAUAAAACUUUGUCCUUUUGUGUGCGUGUGUAUGUGUGUCAGUGAGAUUGUGACAGUAAUGGUGUUUAUGGGAGCUCUGUGCACAUGACCGAAACACUGAUAAGAAAUAUCGAGCGCCACUUUGCCCCGGUGCUCUUCGAUGAUAAGAUUACAACAAGGCCAGAUCAGUGGUGGCGCUCCAUGCACUUUGCCCUCCGCGCUCUCUCCCUCCUCUCUGUAAGCAGCGAGGAUUCAUGGUGGCGCGGGGCACGGCGUCAUCAGGAAAUUCAUAAGGGGGAAUCAUCACUCACUCCUGGUUCCCCUUUGAGGAGUGCGCUAAUUAGCCAGCGUCUGUGAUUAGUUGGCUUGUGUUUGAUGUGCUUCUCUCCUCUUCCCCCCUCCGUCAAAAAGGCUGCCUGCCUGCCUGCGUCGCGAUUUGGCUGUGAGGUGCACCCAACACACACAGGGAGACCCACAAAAAGAAGACGCACAAGCCAUGUACACAGCAGCAGAUUUCUUCCCUCUUCCUUUUGGAGCCACUGCAGGUGGCCUCAGAGACACGGUAUCAAACACCGGCAGACAACACACACAGAGCUCCUACUAAAGCACCUAGCACUUCAGUAGAAAGUAGUUAAUAUUUUACUGCUGCAUACCAAGAGCUCUGUUUACUUUGACUCUGAGAGUUUGAGCCUGUCAAUGAAAUUCCCCUGAAAACCCAGCUGUUACACUGUGCUUACUGUGGUAAUACAGGGCGUGGGUGGCUAGCUGAGAAGUGGAUUUACUUAACUUAACCCCGGGUGAUUACAGCUAAAGAUGAGCGAAUUAUGAAUGUAAUUAAAUUUGUACAAAUCCCCCCCUUUGCUCCCCUUCUGCAUUAGGUCUCAAUGGCAAAGCGCAGUAGGGGAAAUCCACACUGCAUUUAAUAGGACACAAAUAAGAGCGAUUCUUUGGUGCGUGACAGAGCACUGUCUAAUUACACGGAGGCUGUGAUAUUGAAGAGGCCCGUCUGUCCUUGAAGCUGGUCACCGGAGCAUGGCGGGGCCAUCUCUGUCUGUUCGUACCCUCUUCUAUCUGUUCCUCACUUUCCAAUCCUUUUAUUUGUCACCGCGCCUUCAGGGGGGAGACGGUAAACAAAGGAGGCUCCAACCCGGUGUAAUGACGACCUGAUAGGGGAUGUCUUCAGCAGCUUUUGUGAUGUCAAGUGUGUGCGUUGGCGUGUUGUCUGUUUCUCCGUAUGAUCCCAGGAAAGCGACUUUGGUCUUCAAACAAUCAGAUCAAUUGCAGUGACAUUGUGACUGCCGAGCCCCUACAAGCUAGAGCCGAGUCUGAGACUGGUGUUAAGGGGAUCCACUGCUGUUUACCUCUCAGGCGGUAAAGGUGUUGAAGAGGAGCAGCUGUUCGUCCCCAGAAAUAGCAUCUUGAGAAGAUACUGAAGGCAGGCGUCUUCUGUUAAACUCCAUCUUGUAAAUCGAGUCAUUAAGUGUGGUUACAAUGAAACUCAUUGUUUCAUGGAUCAGAUUGAAUCUAAUGCCUUAUAGACAGCUUAUUUCUCUGUGAUUAACAUUGGGCCGAUUUCCCAAUGACAACUGCGGUACUAACUUAAGGUUGAACACUCAUAAAAAAUAACUUCUAAACUACGUGAGCUCAUUCUCAGCCGCUUUUAACGACCCUCUAUUGAGUCUUCUUGCCUUGCCUUUGUUUGCAUGUAUAAUAAUACACCAGCAGGGUACGUAAAUGAAAAGGGAGUCAGUGUUGUUCGCAGCUUUUUGAAGUUUAUUAUAUUGAAACACAGAGAAUUGGAUUCCUUUUGUCAAACAAAUUGCAAGGAAAAUAAUUGAGGAAGGCUAAAUUAAAAAUCCUUUAUCUCUUCUUGGUAAAUUGCUCUAGUUUCAUACCUUUCCUGUAUAGUUUUUAACAGAGUCUUCUUGUCUGAUUUUUUAAGUUUUUGUCCUUUUUGUCACCUUUUGUUGAUUUUGGGUAAUUGAAGUUGUUGUGCCGUGUAGAUCCAUAAGUCUCGCCCUCGACUGUGGCAGUAUGAUCAGCCGCCUCAGGUUUUAAUUGUACCCCUUUAAUAAUUUGAACAGGUCAGCUUGAGAGGAAAGAGGAGUUCAUAUGUUUUUCUCUCUCUCUCUCUUUCAUCUGUCUCCUUGAGCGUUGCGUCUGCUUGUCUAUUACUUGUUCAUUCAUCCAUCAACAUCAAAACAAUACAGCAUGUUCCCAAGGCAAGUUGUCAUAGUGACUGUCCUUCAGAGAAUAAUCAAAGUUGAUCUUAACAUUCAGUACAAAGGGAUGUGGCGGUGAGGGGGCAAGAAAACAACUCUGCACAACCUCCGCAUUUGUUCCUCAGCAGUUUAUUCCACUUCUGCUUCAUUGUUCCUUCACAGAAACUACAGUCAAAGCCCCCUUUUUCCCGCCUUCUUUUUUACCCUGGUUUCAUCCCUCCCUCCCCCCCGGCGUCACCUUUCGUCUCCUCUUCUUUUGGAGAACUGAUUGGGAGUGUGUGUUGAAGUUUCAUCUUACCUGGCUCCUAUUUAGGCAUGGAGACAAUGAGUCGUUCACCUCCGCCCUCACGGCUCACUGCAGACCUGCGGGAAAGAAACUGCGGCUCAAACAAUGAAGCCGCUCCGAUACACAAAGCCUGGUUUCUUUCUGCGCUUUAAUUGCUUCACUUAUCUUUUGUUAAACACUCUUAAUCUCUUUGUUCUGGUUUCCCCACAACCUACCUGCGUAGUGUUUAUAAAUGGUCUCCAUAUUCCGACCUCACUGACAAGAAAAAGCUCUAUUCUAAAAGCAUUUAUUUGAUUUUUAUCCCGGUGGACUGAUCAGCUGUUUGCAUUGACAUUUAUGCAAAAGAACUGCAGUGCAGGCCCAUGACGAAUAAUCAUAAUAAAUCACAACUUUUGCUCUUGUGUUGGCAGCACUUGCAAGAGCAGACACUUGACUUUUUUUUUCUCUCACAGUGGUGGGUGUCAAAUUUUGGAUCAUAACUCGCCUGUCCACUCCAAUCCUUCCCUGCAGACUUCUUUUCUGCUCUCCUACACAGACUCCAGUAAUUCAAUCCAGCUGGUUGUGGCUGGCUGUUGUGAUGGACACAGUCAUCCGUUUAUCAUAAUAUUAGGACGCACCUCCUUGUUUGUUUGCUUGUUGUGCCUGACCUUCUGUCUUCCAUAUGGUUGUCAUUGAUUUGGUAACAUGCUGUGUGUGUGAUCCUCCCGACAGAUUGACUGUGCUAAUAACAGUCUCCCGCAUUUUAAUCCUUUAAUGUGCAGUAUAAAUUGGAUUGGUCGCUCACCCCCUCAGCACGGAGCCAGUCUUGUUUUUGACAGCUUUCUUGACCAAUAGGCUCGUCAGAAGCAGGCUGAGUGACGGCUCCUGGCUCUGUGGGAAGAGCAGCUGGGAGAUGUAGUCCCCCCUCCCCUGCCAAGGUGAAGUAAAGGUGAACGGUGCCGAUGGAAAAAACCUGGAAACACAGCUGUGUUUGGGUCCGGGGGCGGGGUUGCCAUGGAAUUCCUCUCACUUAAACAGGCAGCUAUCUUUUUUUUUUUAUUCGGGGGGGAAAAGCGAUCACACCCAGCUUAAAAUAUCCUUUCUGACACCUCGGUAGACUCUCACAUUUGAGUGUUGUUGGAGAGGUGAAAAUAGGACGCAUAAUCACAUUAUGUUAACAACUGACACACUGAGGGAUGGAUGUAUACACACAUACACUUUCUCUUAGUGAUGGAUGAAGAUAAAAAGAGACACACGUAGUCACUCUUGGAGGUAUCCGACACUUUCCUCCAGCUCUGCACAUGCCUGAUCCGUUAAUUCAUGGCAGUCAAAGUCGUGAGAGAGCGACACAUGCACUGCAAGGUAAGCUUCCUGCUCGAGUCGAUAAAGACACACAGGAUCACAGUUUGCAUAAAAGAGAAUGGAUCAAGAUGUUUCCCAGCGACUGAGCCAAGACUUGUCCAAAAAAAUAUUUUCCCAAAGCCACUGAUUUAAAUUUUAUCCUUGCACACUGACUGCAGAUCUGUCACAUUGGUCACCCUGCAGUUAAAAACCCCCAAAUUCCAUGCAGGGCUAAAAUAACAUGCCCAGUACAAUUACCAUGAGGAGCGAUGGCACACUGGGCCAGAAUGAAGAAGUCAGACAAAAAAGAACCAGCAGAGUCUCAAAAAAAGAGAAACUAGUCAAGGAAGAGAAGAAUGAGCCAGAGGGAUGAAAAGGAUUUAUUCCAAAAUGAAAAGACAGGACAGGCCUAUUUCGCAGAGGGAGGGAGAGAAGGGGAAGAAGAAAGUGAGCGAUGCCGAGUGAAGGCGAGGGUGGUGGAGGUAGAAUGAUGUGCAGGGCCCGGGCAGACAAAGCAGAGCCAGGAGCCGCAGGGGAGCUGGGUGUCUGUCAGCCAUCCAGCAAGUAAGUUAUUCAGUCACUUAUUCAGUGGGUUGAAGCGAUGGCAGUGGAGAGGCAGUAUAGACGCAAGCAGUUAUUUGUUUGGCUCUGAAGAGUUGUGUCCUUUUCGGCCCACAGUAAACUGCGGGUUACAAGCGAGGCUUUACUGACCCUAAAUAGGCCCAGCAACAGAUGAAAACAUGCAGCGCCGUAAAACCCGCCCUGGCAAUUUUCGUUUUUGUGUGUUUUCUACGUCUACUUUCACAGUCACUUUAUUCCUUUAUGCCCCACAGUGCUGCUUUAUUCUUCGACCAUCUCUCUCUCCUUUCCUCAUCCACUCCCCUUUCCCCCUCUCUCCUGGGUCAGGUACAGUGUAGAUGUUGGUGUUUAUCAAUAAUGAAGAGAUGAGAGGAGGAGGAGGAGGUGGAGGAGGAGGGGAUGAAUUAUUCACCCGAUGGAGAAGAGUGCCUCUGCACCCUGUGUGUGUGUGUGUGUGUGUGAUGGUGUGUGUUUCUGACUGUGGUUACGGUUUACCUAGCAGUUGUAUGUGUGAAAAUGUGUUUUGUCUCACCUCGACCACACACACACACACACACAUACACACACACACACAGACACACACACGCACACACGUUUUUGACUACUUUGCAAAUCAUUUUUUAUCUCCUCCGCUUGCUUUCCCCUUGCUUGGCAGACGUUAAAUGAUUAAACAAAGUGUAGGCUGUUUUUCAAAGAAGUACGAUCCCAUGGUGUAAAAACAAGAGACCACUAGUUUGAUGGAUCAAUUCUAGUGUUGGAAAAUUCGAUCAAACUGACAGGGUUCAUUUUUUUGGACAUGUUUGACCGCCAGAACUUGCUCGACUUGAAAUAGUCUGUUUGUGGUGUGUACAUAACUGAGAAUGGGAGAUAAGGGCUGAGGGAAAGAGACAGGUCUAUAGAGAAAAGUGUGCAGGAGCUAUUAUGUGUGUAAUUCCAUGUCAGCGCCCGGGCUGUUAAAUGGCGAAGAGAUCCAAUCGCGAAGCCCUCUUCUUUGCCAGUUUUUUGUGUCAACCUCAUACAUACUGUAUGGGCUUAUUCUCAAGGUUACAGUCCAGUUUAGGGUGCACAUAGUUUGUGUAUUUUCCAGCUGAAGAGUACACAUUUUCAAGAGUCUGAAACUGGUAUUUUGUUGAGGGUUUUAAAUCUUCCCUGCUGGGUCCUUUUUCAUUAAGAAGAUACACUUAAUUGAAUUGGCAAAUGCUUAUUUUUGCAAAUGAUAUUCUCUGCAGUCCUAGGGCAUGUUUGUUAUAAACAGGCAACUAAAUAGGAAUAUGCAUCAGUAUACAGAUGCAUGUGUACAUAAACACACACACCAGCUCAUCAAACACACACACACACCUCCCUGUACAGAUUUCUCCUCCAGCUGUUCAUGUCUCCUUGGCACUUUGAAGCCUGCUCAUGUCUCCCCGUGUCCCUCCCUCCAAACCCCUCUUUCUCCUUCGCUCCCCUUCUGUUACAUUUCAUGCGUUUCUGCUUCCCUUCCUCAUCUUUGCCUGUGUCUGAUUCUCCUCUUCUCUCUCUGCACAAGUCUGUGUUCAGAGUCAGUUAUCAAGUGUUUCAUCAUGUCACUCUGAACAAAGUGAAAUGUAGCACUCUCUUCUUUUUGCACUUUUUUUUCUCCAUUCUGCGCCUGUUGCAUCACAAGAGUUGCUUUUUUACCUCCUGUGUCUCCGACGUGCAACCUCACUGUAACACCUUACCCUUUAAAGCAUUUCUUCUUUGUCAAAUUUCAACUUCAUUGACAUCUGUGUUCAUUUUUGAGGGCAGAUCUCAUAUGAUAGCCUUUGAGGGGCAUGUUUUUAUCAAACAAAAGUGCUUUUGAGCAGAAAUCCCCCACUAGUAAAGCCUCCAGCAUGAAUGGAUUAUAACAUGAUGCCAUCUGAGAGGUCCAUAAUGAGUAGUAGCUACUUCUAAAUGUAGCUUUUCCCAUGUGAUAUCGAUCGGCCCCUUAUAGAAAGCCAAACAGAAAGGUCAAUGAGAAGACGAGACACAUCUCAAGUCUUCAUUUCCUAGUUUUAUUCUUGGCUUGUCAAACUGCCUCGCCUGUCAAAGCUAAGCUGCAUUCCCACUCCACUCCCUGCAUACCAAAGUAUGCACGUCUAAACGCCUGUAUAUAUGGGUGUGUGUGUAUGUGCAGUGUAUCCAGGUUUGUGUGCCUGCGUUCGCGCGUGUGUGAAGGUCAGAGGAUUGGGCGCAGCUACAGUGUCGGAUAGCAGCCGCAGUAGACAGCAGGUCCAGGCUGGUGCUGUUCCAGAUUCCAGCUGAUAGCAGCUAUUAGUGCACACCAGCAGCAGGGUGGACAUGACACGGAGCCUGGGCAGUGUCACUGUUUUGGUUCGGACUCUACAAUGGCGUCAUCACACAGACAGGAGUCACAGUAAUGAGUGCAGGUACACAAGCAAAUUAAACAAGACUGUCUGAUAGUGUGUGUGUGUCAGCUUUUAUAUCACUCCAUUCGCCUGCCUUUAUGAGUUUAGAAAGCUGCACAAAUCAGCUCACACAGAUAAGAUAAGAUAUCAGCCCUUAAAUCGCAGGUGCACCAGUCAACGAAAUGAAAGCAAGGUUUUCUAAUGUCAGGAAAAAGAAGCAUAUUGAAGUUUCUCCGAGGACUCAUGGUGGCGACAAGCUGUUGCUCUUCAUGAAGUUACUGAUGAAAUAGUCUAACUUGCACUGCUCAAAAAUUGGAUGCUUAUCUGGAAAAAAAAAAGGCUUCGACUCCCACACAGAAGGCUAACAGUUCUGAAGCAAACACUCUCAAACAGCCUUCAGAGCUGAAAGUCAGAGCCUUUAUCUCCGUAAUUGUUUCAUUUCAAGACCAUUUGCGGGUGUAUAGCGAGCCAAAACAACAGGAAUAUGUGUCACUGUCCUAACACUAAGCUACACCAUGCAGAAGUACAACCCCCUGUAAUAAUUGUGGAAUUGAAUCUGCUUUUCAGUGCCAGUGUCUACAAAAAAACAAAAUUGCACACCGGGAGUCUCACAAAGCUGGUAUUUGGCACAACUUUCAUUUAGAAACCACUUGUAUCCAAGGCCAAAACACAAACACGCAGACACAGGAAUAAAAGCUCGAUGCUCAAACAGUGAAGAAGUAACAGGAUCUGAUGGAGCAUCCUUUACAGUUUUUCUCCAGUCAGGUUCUUUUUUUAAGGGGAGGUUGAAGGAUGCUUUUAAACCAAAGUAUCUCCCGGUUUUCUGUUUUACAAAGUGACAAAAACAAGAACACUCCACGCUCAUUUAUUAUGAGUGAGGAAUUUCAUGGCAUCUUGCACCAAGAGUUUGUUGGCCGAAGGAUGAAAGCCCUCCUUAUUCAUACAAGAUCAAAACCCUCACCUUUAAAUGGACAUGUAUUUAUCCUGCACCAGCUCAAACAUAAUUCACAGGCUUUUCGCUUUGACCCAACGUGGGCUGUAGCUGUUUGCAAAUGCUGGCGAUUUAUUUUGGUCCAAGGCAAGCAAUCAUUAAGUCUCCAAGACUGCAGAAAUACCACUGCGAAACAUUCCUCCUAUUGUGAAGUCUGACUAAAAAGGGUCCAACAGUCAUCAGAAACACUCAUUUCAUUACAUCAUCAGAGCCACCCCGGGGUCCUACACUCAGCAUGUCCAGCCAUUGAGUUUAAAAGGUGGGCUGGGAGUCAUCCUAAUUUCUCAUUUUGAGGGUAAAAAAAAGAUUUUGUCGGGGGAAGAUAAGUCAGAGAGAAAGAAAGAAAGAGAGAGAGUAGGCAGAGUCAGACUCCAUCAGGACAGAGGAGUGACGCUCCACACUGCACUCCAUACUGCUUGCAUCAAAGCUAUUAUUCUUCAAGGAGGGACGAGGGUUGGCACAACAAUAACAACAACAACAAGAGAAUAAUGGAAAUGGAGAAAUUCACACAGAGGUGGAAGAAUAAUGAAAGCCUUGAAUGCUUAUUGAGACAGCACUCUGCUGAAAAGGCCGAACUAAACACACCCACAGUCUGUCUAUCACACACACACACAGACGUGCGCGAGGUGUGUGAGGAAGCAAUCUUCAAGAACAUGGAGAAUGGGGAAGCUUCAUUUUAACUCACCUGACAGUGCAUAGCCACUAGCUUGAUGAAAUGGCAGAGAGUCAGUGAGCUCUGAAGGCCAUUAGAUAUUUUAGGUGACGGCCUGCGCUCCACGUCCCCCUGUCGCCGUGCUUUUACUCCACUAUAGCGGGGGAUCAGGCAGAGGACAUGAAUGCCAUUAGACGUCACAGUAAGGCAGCCUGGAUUCAGGCCGAUAAGCGUAUGUUCCUUUUAUAAGCCACAGCUGGCUUGAAUGGCCUGCAGAGAAAUUAAGGAUUUGGAGUUUUUUUCUCUUUUUUUUGCCUCCUUUGGCUCAUUCACUGUUUCGCUGUUUUCCCUCCUCUCUUCCUCUAUUCACAGAUAAAGUGUUUCUCACAAGGUCAGGUGUGAAGUCUAUCCCGCCUCUCACUUGCUCCACACCUCCCCGCCCUGUUCCCUUCAUCUGCCUCUCCUCGCUCUGUUUCUCUCCACCUGUACCACCCCCGCCACCUCUCCAUUUUUAGUCUCUACCAUCACUUCUCCUUUUGAUUGUCUUUCUCACCUACUUUCUCUUUUAUUCCUCGCCUCUAAUGUCUCUCUCUUUUGUCCCUCAGAUGUCUCCUAUUAACCUUGUUUAUAGCUCACACACCGUUCCCCCUCUUCAAGAUCCGCCUCCUCCUCCCUCUUUCUCCUCUUUUCUCACCACUUUUCUCUCCUUCUUUCAUUUCUCUAUUCCUGGCACUGCGUCUUCCUCGCACACUUUCAUCCCCACUUUCUGUGCGCCCCCCCCUUCCCACCUCUCCGCCUCCUCUGCUCACAUCCUCCAUCACUUUGGCAUUCCCUGGCUGUCUCUCUCCUCUCAUCCUUUUCAUCCCUCCAUCCUCCCAGCACAGUUCUUCUCCCCACCUUCCUUCCUGAUUCAUUUUUCCUCUUCACAGAUGAAUGGUGGGAAAUAUGGAAAUGUCAGCGUGACCAGGCGGGAGAUCAGAGAGUUCUGCGUUAAUAUGGCAGUGCUGUCGCUGCGCCAUCAGCAUAAUGUGUGUGUGUUUGUUUGACAGUGGGUGUUAAAGAUGUAAUGAUAGGUGACAGUGCUUAGGAUGUUGAAGAGGGCAGUUUGCUUGUUGAUACAUUUGUUUGUUCGUGUGCCGGCGUUUCGUUUUUGUCACCUGCAGGCAGCAGUGCUACUGUAAAGUAGAGCAGCAAUGACACAGGGCUUCUGUUGUCUCUCUCCUCCCCUCCUAUCCUCCUUUUCUCCCUCUCUCUCUGUGUCUCUGUCGCUCCUCCAUUCUUUUCAGACUUACCCUUGAACUGUCUUUUAUUCUCUAAUUCCCUAAGUCCCUGUCUCCCUCUUCCUACCAUCUCCCGCUCUUCUGUUUAAUAUGGUCUGGGCUCCCUAAAUAUUUAUACUGACAAUUACUGCUCCAAAUGUCGCCUUACCUCAGCAUUUCUGCGAGUCUGUGUACAUCCAUGCACACACUCACUUCUUCUUCCCUAUGUCUGCUGUUCUAAUGACACUGAGACUCCGAGUGUUCAGGGCCAGGGGUUUGGGGACUAUCGGGGAGGAUGAGGGCGUGCAAGUCUUUGUAUGUCUUGAGUGUAAUAUUCCUUCCCCCGGGCCUGUAUGAAGUCUCAUAAGGCCAGUCCAUCUCUCAGCUCGGCUCUGGCAGGGUUUGACCUGUGCUGGCUUUCCUUUUAUUGCCUCAGAAUGACAGACAACAGGUCCGGCUCUGCUCUGCCCCCACACUGUGUAUGUCUGUGAACACCAAGUCCCAGGCAAUUUGUGCAUGUGUGGGUGUUUUCUUUGCACACAGGGGAUAUUUGAGGCAAAUUGGUUUCCUUCAGUCUCACAUUGUGUUAUGACCCCUGACAUGUUAAGCAGACUUGGUACAUAAAACCACAAUCAAGAUGAGUAAUCAAGGGUCUCUGUAACCCCUCAUUCUGCUCUGCUGUAUUCUUCCAUUCCCAAAGCUAAUUUGUCAUAGUUCAGGUAGACUGAAAAAUGGUUGUAGCUUUAUUAAUGUUAAUGCUUUACACAUGUGAGGAUCACAGGCCAGAAACUGAGCAGUAAAGCCAUCAUAAGAACAUAUAUGUAGGAUGUGUGCGUUUCCCAUUGAGUGCAUAUAGAUUAGGGCUGGGAAAAGGGAAAAAGGAAAAUUUGCCGAUACUGAAAUUUAUGACAUAGCCAAAAUCAUUUUGCCAAUGUCAAUAUAUUUGGUGUCAAAAAAAUAAAAGUUGGUUUUGGAUGUGUGUAGGUAGGCUGUGGUCUCAUGUCCCUUUAAGAUGCUGUCCUACAUCGGAGACUUGACUCCACCCCAUUCAGUCUGUAACAAAGAGGGAAAGACCAGUGAGGAGAUGGAGGACAGUUCAAAAGUUGUAGCGCCUGGAGCGGCGGCUGAAGUAGACGAAGUUUAUGUGGGAGGGGGUGAGCACCUUGUGGAGUAGUUAUCGUCCAUUUAUCGUUAUCGAGAUAAACUGCUCAAUAUAUCGUGAUAUUGAUUUGAGGCCAUAUCGCCCAGCCCUAAUAUGGAUGACAUACCUCCAUCUCCUCAAAGUGUAAGAGUUGAAGCUAGGGUUGUUGCAGUAUACCAGGAUUGACAAUAGUAUUGGUAUAUUGCAAUAUAUGUACAUUGGUAAUACCGUGAGCUCAUAGCUGAAGUCCUUUACACCCGUUACCGCACAUAAUAUAGCAAAGGAGAGACGCAGAUGAAGCAGCAGACAGACUGUCAUCAAGCUUAAAGUAGCUCUCUAAGAAAUCCAAAACUGAAAUCCAAAUGCAAUGUUGGAGCUUUGCCUCUCUAGGUUACUAAUUAAAGAACAAUUUGGAAGUAUAAAUGUUCAAUUAAAUUGUUUUCUCGCAGUUUCAGAGCUUACAGUUUGCCAGAAAUUAUAUACUUCUAAAUAAGAACAUAGUUUUGUGAGAAAUACAGUGACUCAUGUUGUUAGACAGAGAAAUACCAAAAUAAAAGCAUGCCAUAUAAUGAUUAUGAGGCACUGUCGUCUCUAAAGUAUGAUAAAAGGAUGAUAAUAUGUAUGUUAAUUGUGUUUAUCAGUGAAGUGUAUGGACUACUCCCUUGUCUUGCCUUGUCUCAGUUUUACUUGCCGAGUUGUUUUAAAAUUCAUAGUUUUUCAUAGGUAUUGGGAUAAUAUUGUGGUUGUGAUAUUCAAGCCCUUCUCGGUGGAGUGAAGGCGUGCACAGAAGGGAUUUGGCUGGCGGAGCUGUUGGCCUGGCGUCACACUCCAUCUGCUAACCAAAGCAAAUGUUUGACUUAUCAGGAAAAACACCAAAGAUCCCUCAGGUCGGUAUUUUCCACAGUGAUUAAUAGACUUAGAAAGGAGUGUUGAAUGUGAGGACAGAAAGCCUAGACUUCUGAGGUGGCAGUGAAGGAUGGAGGCUGAAUGUGAUACACCUGAAGAACUAGACCCAGACACUGAUGAUAAGGCGUAGUAGUGACCGAGGUGUAGGAGGGUUCCAACAAUCCUCGCUGAAAUGCGAACUGAAGGAGCGUAGAGUAGACUAGUUUUUAAGUUCAGUGGCAGCAGGAGGAGGAUUGGUUGAUAGGAGCUGACAUGUACAGUAGACAAAGAGAAAACCCAGGAAAAAUGCCCAAAGUAUGACUGCUGCAGCGAAAUCUAUUACCCUUCCUUUUGACAUGAGGACCUUCAGUUGGAUAUAAAAAAAGCAGCAAAUCCUCACCAGUAUAUGAAGUGAUCAUGCACACACAGAUACGCAUACUCACAUAACAACACAGUGUGUAAAAACAAGCAGUAACCCUUUUUCACAUAUCUUUUUUUUCUCUUCCUUUUAACCUAGUUAUCACUUGACAGUUUGGAAAUAUGCUCACCCUCAUAUUCAUAGCAAUAAAGUGUAAUUAAAUGGAGGGAAAAAUAGCAUCAAUACCUCUCUCCAGCCCAGUGCAGCUCUCUGCUGCUCCCACGGGCUGCUCGGCGGUUGUCCACAGGUUCCUCUGUGGCUACAAGGGGGUUGUUUUGUGGUUGCAAAUUGGGCCGGUCCUGGGAGAGCCAGUGUUAUUCUAGGAAAGGCUUGUUUUCCUCCACUUUUUCACUCCGUCUUUUUGCUCUGUCCUCCCUCUUCUUCUGUUUCUGUGUAUUGAUAACUCACAUCCCCCCAGAGGGAAGAAGACAUGAGGUUUAUUGCUCGUCAAAGGAGAAGGACAGCACUGCCCUUUCCUCUUAUCUCCUCGCUUAUGUGUGCCAUGUUUUUUCUUUUCCAUUAGCCCUCCAGAUCGUAUUAGUUUCAACACAACAGCUUUCGCUCAGCACAAACCGGUGGAACAACUUCUGCAAGUAAUUGUUUGUCUGUAGGGGAAAUUUUAGUUCCAUCUAUGCUUCUUGUAUGUGUGUGUAUCUUACUGGUAAACACAUAGGGAACACACACACACAAACUCGCACUCGCAUUUGUGCAUCUAGCCCCUGCUGCAGACAUUUGAAAUUGUGUAUCCGCAGGUAAUCCAGUCUUACUUAAAACAGGUGCCAUCUCGCUGACAUACACUAAUGCGCGCUUACUCAUACAAGUAAUUACAUUUUCACAGAAACCUGGAUUACACACACAUAUACACACACACACACACAUACUUUUUUUACAUGGACAGAUUGUCGUUCUAAAGCUCCCUCGUUCUUACUGUUUCUUUCACGCCCACUGACACAACACACCAAGAAAAGCAUAUUUAUUUGGACUCUUUGCUGUAACACAGGAAUGUGUCGGCACAGCAAAUGGCAGGCUAUAGAAAAGCAUCCGGAUGAUUUAUGACCUAUGAAGAAAAGAGAACUGCCUUUUCUCGUCCUUUUUUUCCCCAGCACACAUCCUCUUUUUUUUGUGCUUUUUUAAAUUGAGCUUCUCCGUCCGCAUACACACAGUCAUAGAGUGAUACCAGACUCUCGGCCUACUUGCCUGGGUUCACUAAUGCCUGUCCUCUGUUGCAGCAGACGCUUCCUCACUGUCCUCAUUUAUCAUCAGGAGGCUUUGUACCAACAUGAAUCCUCUGCUCCCUCUUUCCUGCCUCCUCUCCCUGUCCAGGAAGGAAGGAAACAAGUGAAAUUAAUUUCUGCUUUUCCCUGUUUUUUUCCCCAGGAGCGUCAGGUCAGCGGGUGAAGGUGGAACCGGAGGUGUUGUCAUAUCCUGGCCAGACAGUCAACCUGCGCUGUGCCUUCACAGAUCCUACAGGGAUUCAGCUCACAAUGGUCAGAAAAACACACAAACACACACACUCAUGACACAAUUGCUUUUCUCUUCUCUGUUAAGAUUCGAUUACGUCUUCAUUCCAGCACACUCAUAUCAGCUCUAAACUGGGUUUGUGGUAUGAAACAGUAAUAAAAAUGUCUGUUUCAUCCUGAAAUUGCCGCCUAUUGUGCUGACUUGGCACAGAACAGUUUGCAGAAAUUGCUCGGUGCUCCAAUUUUCCUUCACAAUUGAAGAGAACAAUCACUGGACAUUAAGUGACAACACAAUGUAAUAUUUGACUAAACAUGUAGCCACUUUCUUGCUUAAUAAAAUCUUUCUUAAUUAUAUGUUAACAUGAUUGUGGAGCUUGUAACAAAGGUAGAGAAGAGCCAUCGUUGCAAUUUAAAAACAAACAUAAAACGAUAAAACAGGUUAAUGUGUCUUGUUUACCGACCACAUUAAACCGGAACCUAACAAAUCAUAGCUCACAGAAUAAUCCUUAGGCAAGUAAUAGGUUUUUAUCACAUUUAGGCUUAAUGUUUUAUUACUCCAAACAAACAAUACUAAGCUUCAUUUUGCUUAAGGGGAUUGAAUAUGGUAAUGGGCGCUCUCCUUAGUCGCAUCUCAAUGAAGUGGGAAGUGCACAACUCUGCUUGUUUUCACUGAGAUAGAGAGAGAGAGGGAGACUACUGCUCCUGAAAAACUCACAUCCAUAUUCAUACCUGCUCCACUUCUUUGAUUGGGAUGCUGGGUACGCUGCCCCGUGGAGUUUACAGCGAAAUGCAGAUGUCUUAAAAAGCUCUUCAGUGUCGCUUAUCAGGAGUGUGAUAAACGAGCUUUGUUGUUUUUCCUCAUUCAGCUCACGCGCCCUAACAAACUGACCCCGAGUCCUUCCCCUCCCCCCCUCUCACAGGUCACCUGGAUUUAUGAGCCCAGGGAUGGAGAGAGGAUCAACAUCGCCGUGUUUCACCCCAACUUUGAUCCCAACUACCCGGAUUCGCCAGUGAGGGGACGAGUCAGCUUCAAACCCACCCCACCAGUCCUGGCCAGUCCCUCCAUUCAGAUCACUGAUGUACAGAUGACCGAUGAGGGGAAGUACAUCUGCGAAUAUGCUACCUACCCCAUAGGCAACGAGCAAGGCAUCACAUACCUGGUCAUGCUUGGUAGGUCAAUAAAACGAUCUGAGAAAAUAAUGAUUAGAUAAAAAAGGGAAUGGGUAAAAAAAAAUUGAUUCAGAUGCUUCUAUUGGGUUCAAAAGUGGGUCACCGUCUUUUUUUUUUUUUUAGUCAAGUUGGUAAAGGUUUGAAACUUACAAAGAAUGAAUUCAAACUCUUGGGUUCAUAUUGACUCUUUUAUUUUUUAUGUUGUGUUUUGGGGCAUUUUAGCUUUUAUUAGAUAGGACAGUUGAAGAGGGACAUGAAAUGGGGGGAUUAGAGAGUUGGGGGAGAUAUUCAGAAAAGGGUCCAACCAGUGUCUGCUGUGACAAGAACUACAGUGCGUGCUUAGACUGCUCGGUGGGAUUGUUCUUAUUUUUAAGAAUCGAAACCCUAAACUGCAAGUAAUAUUGUUUGAAAAUCUGAUAUAUGGAGGAUAUUGAAUUUCACACACAACAAAGAUUUCAAGGAUGAAACGGGCGAGUGUGUGGUACACGUCCAGAUAACAAAUCAACAAGAAAUGAAUUAGUUAAGAAGUUAAUCAUCUUUCAUAAAAAAGGAAUGGCAAAAUUUACAAGACCAUUCAUCAUCGGGUGUUUUUCUCCAAGAAAAAUGUCAAACCUGUGCCAGUGUCAUCUUCUUUAAAGUGAGGACUUUCUGUUUACUUCAUUCAGACAUUCAAGGACCAGGGUUUUUAAAAUGUUGUUUUGACCAAAGAAGCUUCUCUUUGGGAACUUUGGAUUUUUUAUGGGCACUUUCAAUAGCUUUUUGACAUCUUGUAAAAAGAGAAAAUUCAGAUGAGUCAGAAAUCAGGCAGUGACAAAAACAAUGGUUUGAUGUCCUCAUCUUAAUUUCUCAAUUUGCGCAUGAAUUAUUUCACCUUGGCCUUCAAUGUGUGGUCAGAUCUCGCAAAAGUCUGGUGCACCCGAGUCUCCCUCUCCCAACAAAACUGAGGCUCGCAGGAGCUCUGAAGUCAUGAAUACUGUGAACCUAUUUUGUUGUUUUAUGCCUUUUCUGUCAAGUGUAACACAUAGGCUGUUUGAAAUGCUAUCCACCAACUUGUGCUCUUGGGCUUGAACCUAGCACCGGUUUCUCCCUCCCUUGGAUGUACUACACUGUUAAAAUUUUCGUUGUAAAAAAAUGUUCUGCUUUAUUACAACAGGAACAGAACCACUUCAAAGCCCAAAUUGGAUUUUUUUUAUCUCAGACACAGAGGAAUCAAACCCGAGUCUACGCUCUACGCUCUGUCCUGAAAAAUCUGUAGUUUUUACCCAUCUGUCAUACCGUGAAUGGAAGUAGUAGCUAAAGCUUUUUGUUUCAGUCAGUCGUCUCAUUUUUGUGUUCCAGCAGAGUUGUUGAAACUGCCGUAGUGCAUUUCAGCUUUUCGCGGUUGGUUUUUGCUUUAAUUUGUCACACAUCCCUCCAUCUAGUGUGCGUGUAUGCACUUUAAAUGUUGUGUAAUGUAGGAAGCAGUUCAAUAUAUAUGUAAAAAUGCAAAGUACUCUCCACCCACCUCCUUGUAUCUGAUCUCUCCAGCUCUCUCCCUCCCCCAAAGGUAGCAUGCAGGUUAAAAGCAUGUCCAGCUCGACUUAAUUGCUAUUAUAAGUGGUAUUGUCAGAUCAAUUGUGUUCUUGUUAAUGCAAUGGAACCAUUGGUCUAACCUUGGCCCAGCACCAGUGCCUCCGCUCUGCUCUCUUCACUCUCCCCCCAACGCAUCACGCCUCCCUGCCUCCCCUCAGGCUCUCUAUUGAUCUGGCUGCUUGUCAUGCCUGCUGUCAGCUCCUGUCCUGCCUGUUUUCCUCUGAUCCCACACUCGUAUCAGAGAGAGGCAUUGAGGAGUUAUGAGGAGCGUUAUCAAGUCGAGGGGGUGGUGGUUCGCAGAGCUCAUGUAGUGAUUUAGAAUUUGUGUAUUGAAAUGCACAACAAGUAGAGGAAAUGGUUUAUCAAUGGUGAGUAAUUUGGAUAGCGAGGGAAUAGAUUAAAGAGAAGGUUGAGGAGGAGGAAGGGAAGAUUUAGGGUUUGGGUGUGUUUGCAAUGGUGCUUUGGUUAAUAGUUUAUCAAUGUUUGGCUCUCAUGAGGAAAAAAGAAAGGGGAGGGGCCGACGGUUGCUGGUAGAAGGAGGUUUUUGGAUUUCUUUUUGCCCAGCUGGUGACACAAAUUGUUUAUCAAUAACAGCGCACAUUAUCCUUCCCCUCAGCUGUCAUGCUCUUGUUUCUGUUUUUGAACAUAAUUUAAUCUUCUUUCUCCCCCUCUGUGUCUCUUCCUCCUCCCCUCAUCCAUCCCUCCAUCAGCUAAGCCCCGGAACAUGGCCACCAUCGUAACAGUUGUAGCAGGGACUAAGACCGUCACUGUGGCAAAAUGCGAGUCCGUGGAUGGCCGCCCCGCUGCACAGAUCUCAUGGGUGACCACAGCCAAUGGUAAUGGGACGACAGUGUCUAAGCCGGGCGCUGACAACACCGUGACAGUGAACAGCGAGUACCGCAUGGUUCCCACAGCGGCAGACAACGGGAAGGACAUCAGCUGUGUGGUGACGCACAGAACGCAGGUCAAAGCAGAGAGUUACCCGUUGAAGCUGGCUGUUCAGUGUAAGUGACCACACACACACAUACACAAUUUAACACACAUAUUAGCUGUGAAUCCCCUUGCUGUUCACGCUCUAAUAUGAUAUGUUUGCUUUGGCUAAUAGAAGUCUCUGCUUUUUUUCCCUCCUUCCAUCUAUCAUCCUCACAGACGCCCCUCAAGUAACAAUCGUGGGUUAUGAUAAUAACUGGUACGUGGGUCGUACAAAUGUGCUGCUAACCUGCCAAGCGAAUGGAAACCCCGUCCCUCUCUCUGUCAUGUGGAAGACGUGAGUAUCAGCAUAUCCAACUUCUCUCUCAACACCUCGUGUCUCUCCUCUCCGGUGUCUCUUUAUAUUACUCUCUCCCUCGCCCUUCAUUCCCAGGUCCACAGAGCUGUAAUCAGCGUUUUUAUUAUUGCCACAACUGCCCCAUGCGCUGAUUAUGGAGAUAGGCGUAUGAUUUCUCAUAAUGGACUCCGUGACUCGAGAUUUAACCCCCGCAUAAUGAGAAACACAAUAUGACUUUCUCUCUCUCUCUCUCUCUCUCUCUCUCUCUAUUUCUGUUUUAUCAGCUAUUAAAAUAACUGUGACUGCGUUUGAAAAUAUCUGAAGGAAUGACUUGGGAAAAGGGACAGAUGAGACUUUAGGCCUGGAUCCAGUAGUUUUGAUUUUCCUGCCAUCCCCAUUGCGUUUUCCUCUGCUGUGUGAUAAUAGAUUGCCUUUUGAGGAAGAGGGAAACUGAUUAGUUUUGCACCGCCGAUCAAGAUUAGCUGAAUGCGAUGGUAUUGCACAAUAUAGCACAUUUCGGUGAAUGAGGAUGUGGCCCAGUGCUCUCAUUGUGCAGCGAGUCAAACAAACUACAGUCCUCUCAUUUUUUUUCCUUUCCCUUUUGGCCUCCUUUAUUUUCUCCUUUCUCAUGAAAAUACGUUUGUGUCCCCUGCAGUAUGUCGGGCGAGAUGCCGGACACAGUGCAAAUCAACGGAAAUGAGCUGAAGGUGCUGAAAGUGGACGACGCCGUCAACACUACGUUUGUGUGUGAGGUCAAGAACCGCAUCGGCACUGGCAGGGACCAGAUCACAGCCAUGGUUAGAGGUAAGUUAAUUACCCGACACGCACACCGACAUUAUCAGCAGUUUCACGAGUGGUUUGGUCGGUUUUUAAAGUUAUCUGACCCAAAGAAACCUUAACCUGCUCAGAGUACAACAAAUGUGGUGUUUUCCCUCAGGGAGCAGAAACAGAAGUGUUGUUUCUCCACACCUCUCUUCUCCGUCAUUUGAUGAAUUGGCAUUAGAAUUGUUUCUGCCAUCACAAAUCCACCCAUCUGCUCCUCUAAGUAGGUUAAAACCAAGACGAAUUAUAAUUUGCACAAGUCACAAAUGGUCUAAAACACUGACAAAUUGUACACACUAAACGUGUCAGCGAAGGCAGCAAACAUUUCAGAAGUGAAAUGAAAAACACAUUUGUGGCUCGCUUGGGUCCCGUUCAUCAUCUAAACCUUCCCCUGGCUUCUAUAUAAAAACAUUUAUAUCCUCUGAACUGAUGAACUGGAACCAAGUGCACUUUCAUCACAUGCACUACACAUUUUCCUGGUGUACUGUACUCCCAUGUUUUCCCCAGGGAUCCACCUUGUACUGUUUCACAUGUCACUGGAACACAACACACACACACAUACACACACAUGCACACACACAAUCUCUGUGCUGAGUACUGUCUUUGGUGUGUAGUAUAGGGUUAGUGGGUUCAGCUGCUCUGUGUAGGGGUGUGCGAGUAGAGAGUGAGUGUAUAUCUGCUGCAUUGUGUGUGCUUUUGGGCUUUCUCCUUCACCUUUUCAUUUCCGUCCUUCACUGCUGCCUAUUGAGAAUGCGUUUCACUUUUUUCUGUUUCCCUUUGUAUGCACUCAAUUAUGCCACAUUAUCAAAGUUUCUAUGCCUUAGUGGCAACCAAGGUCUGCACAGCUGCCUCCUACAUCACACCGCGUUUAUGCGGCAAUUUUCACAAGGUUUUUUGAGGUAGUUUACGGUAUAAGUGUUGGAUAUAUAUACAGUAUAAGUGAAAGUACUUCUGUUUUUGUUAUUUUCUUGAACGAGGGAGCAGUUGCAAGAACACAAAAGCAACUGAGUAGCAUCUCAGCAGUACCCUUGACCAUUGGUGAUGCCAGAGGACACUCAAGGGAAGCAAAUGAGCAGUAUUUAUUGAAGUAGUUAUCUUUCAAAGAAGACUGAUUACUCAAAGUGAUAUAUUGACUCACACUUUUGGGUUGAUUGAAGUGUUUUACUGCUUGAACUCAAACCAGACUGUUUCUGUGUGUGUGUGUUUUUCGCUGGUUCGUAUUUAUUCAUAUGCAUGUAUUCAGGUUUAGUCGAGCUUGUUGAACCACCCCUGGUCUUUUGAGUUAAACCCUCCAGGACGGUGCAGAAACAGCCAUGCUUUUAUUCCCUGAUGUUUCUCCUUAGUUUUAGCUGGCCCCUCUCAAAAGGCUUCACUCCUGCAUUUCACCUCAUGCAAAAUACAUCCCCAUCACUCUGCUGUUGCACGCCUGCACUUAACCGGAAGUUAUUUCCUGCUGACAUGGGGGUAAACCUCAACCAUAAUGGGGGGGACAAAGUGCAUUUCUCUGGUGGCGACAUUUUAAGAGCAACCCAGCCACUCCAUGUCCUCAGUUUCCUCCUUUUUGUCCAUAUGCUCACUCUUUCCUCAAUUUGUCCUUUUUCUUUCCCUUUCUCUCCUACCCCCCUUCAAUCCGUCCUUAAGUCCCUUGGCUCCUUAUGGUGCCGUAGCAUGCGUCACUGCUCCUCUGGGGCCGUUCUGUGCUGCUGCAGAGUGGUGUUACUCUACUGUGACUUCCUCAGCAAAAAGGAUGUCACUGGUCUCCUGCUGUGUUUUACAAGACAGAAGCAAGGAAGGUACAAAGAUCCGGGGAAGGUGGAGGCCGCCGCUAAGACUUAAAAAGCUGAGGAACAUGCAUGGGUAUAAAUCAGUGCCAGCAUGCGAUCCUCACGCUUCAAGAGAAGAAGGGAGACGGCGAAGGCAUGAGGGAUGGAGGCAGAGAGCGGAUGCUGACGGCAUUUAAAACUCCCAUGGGAAUCUUGUGCCAGUGCAUCCUAUCUCCUUUUCUAUUGGCCUCCACUAUCUCUCAGCAUGGCGUGUGUGUCUGUCUGUCUCCAAGCCUCUCAGAGCGGAUCAGUCACCCUUUGCUGCUUCAGCUCCUGGCUGCUCCUCUCCUCACUUCCACCAUCCAUUCCUCUUUCUCGCUCAGUCUUCAUCUCACUUUCUCCUCUUUUCUACCACACUCCUCUGUGUUUCUCUUUCUCACUGGUUUCUCUGGUCUGUUUGUUUGUGUUCAACUUCCCACAGUUUCCUAGCCCUGUCAUCUAACUCCUCCAUCUUGUCUUGCCAUCUCCUCCCUCCUUCCCACUCCCCGUCUUUGACACGAGCAGAAGAAGCAGGAGAGGAGGAGGAUAAGACGGGAGCUAAAUCUGCUGGUAGUUAAGAGGUGACUGAGGAAACCAGCAUGUGUCAGAGUGGAGACUGGAGAAGGCAGAGAGACUGCGAAGAACAGAGGUUGAGUCAGUAUUGUUUGAAAGUGAAAUGAAAGAGUUGAUGGUUGUCAAAAUGGAGCGAGAGAAAGACCAGGUGGGGGUGCAAUGCAGACCUGUAGAGACUAAUGUGAAUCUGUGUAGACAAACAGGCCUAAGAGAGGCCGACAGGUGUGAAAUGACCAGCACCUGCUACAUUGCAGGUCCCCGACUCCUCUCUACCCCACAGCUGCAUGACACACAAAAACACACACUCAUGGAUCCAGUCUAGUGUGACUGUCUGAGCGUCCUCUGCCCUCACUCCUGUCCUGCGCUCCCUGAGGCAGCAGGAGGGAUGGAUGUCCUCUCCUCUCCUUGCCUCUCCUCUUCUCAUCUUCGAUCCUGCUGCUUAGUCACACACGCAAAAAACCUAUCCUACCCUGCUCUCCUCUUCCUCUUUUCUUUCGAUUUAUCUCUCCCUCACUAUCGCUUUUGCUGCCGUUUGCUCUUUUCAUUGCAUCUCUCAUCCUCUCAGUUAGCAUACGCUCUCUCCUCAUCCUCCUUAUCUCUCCCAGGUUGUCUUUCAGCCUCCAGAAGUCUGCAGCUGAUCUCCCCUGCUCAGAGGAGGGACCGCCUGCCCUCAGCUUUCUCCCUUUCUCUCUCUCUCUCUCCUCUUCAUAUGUUAUUUAGCUCUGUCUCUCUCUCAAAAGCUUAACUCUUAAAUACCAGUAGCUGUUCUUUAAUCACAGCUUAGUAGUCUCCAUCCUUCCAUCCAUCCCUCUCUUCAUUCUAGACUCCUCUCACGGGGGUUUCUUGUGCGGCUAACCCACUUUUUCCUCCAUCUUUAGUCUUCUUUCAACCCCUAAAUUGUUCCUUUACAAGGAUGGCCCAGCUGCACCUCCAAAAGUUAAAUGUCCUUUAAUGAGCUCCCCUACUAAGUUUGACAAAAAAGAGCUUUCCUCUCAAUUUGGUGCAUAUGGUCCCCUUUUUUUCCCUCUGAGGAGACAGUUCAAGGGCACAGACUCUGGCCAUUUUCUUGAAUCGAGUUUGGACGUGUGUGUGUGUGUCUGUCUUUGUCUGUAACUGUGUGUCUCCGGCCAUGCGAAAAACAGCUAGAGAACAGGUCUGAUGGAGCCAAGACUCCCUCCAGCCUGCAACUGGCCCCCUGCCCACCCCUCAUUAGCACACACCCGCACGCACGAGGCCAUGCACACGCGCACACACUCAUUCACACACAGCUCUGUUCAAUAAGUUAACAUGCUGACAGAGGGUACUGCUCAGCUAUGCUCUAGGUUCAGCCCAGCCCGGCAUCAGCGGGCCACUGAUGACCAUGAUGCUGUGUGUGUGCGCGUGUGUGUGCGAGUGUGUAAGUGUGUGUGUGACCAUGCAUGAUUUUUGGGAGGCUGCAGUCAAUGUUACUUCCACUCCAUCUCCCUCAUUACUUGCGGUCACUUGGAGUGUACGGUCAUGCUGGACGUGACUUCAUAAGAAGCAUACUGUGUUUUGGCUUCUGCAGUAUGCUGUGUGUGUGCGUGCGCGUGCAUGUGUGUGUGUUGAGGACAGGAAGGCUUGGUGCUCGGGGGCUGCAGUUACUGUAGUUUUGCAUGUUUGUUUUUCCCCUUUUCCCCCCUUGUUAUCCACACAGCAUGCAUAUUGCAGUUUUUCUGCUGGCUCAUCCAACAGCAUGUGUUUAGAAGAUGUCCUCUCCUCACCCACUUAAAAAGAUUUCUCUUGUGCUCUGUUUCGGGGCAGUGCAGUGGGCCCGCACUGGGAGACUGGGGUUGCUCCUUUACAUCUAUCUCUUGAAUCUUUCAAGUGUUGUGUCCAGAAGGACGGAAUAAAACAUGAAUCAUCACCCAUGAAAGGAAUUACCAGCAGAAACUUUGAGAGAGACACUUAGAAAACUGACUUGAGUGGCGCAUUAAAAAUAAUUGGAUGAGUCGAAUUUUCAGAGAAUUUGCAUUUAAAUCUUUGUGUAAUUCCCUUUGAUGUGACGGCAAAUUGUGGCAGCAUCCAGCCCCAGUUUGCGCAGAGAUUGUUGGCGCGUCGCUGGUGCCGGAGCUCCACCAUGCCUGAGGUGAUAAUGCAUUUCUUGUGUUCCCGUUACAAGUGGACACUGAGGGCUAGCUCUCACUCUCAUGUGUGUGAACUGGAAUGUUUAGCACUACUCAGAAGAGAGUAGGAGGGAAGAAAAACACUGUGUUUCAGGAAGGCUGCUGGGAGAAAUUGAAAUGUAAGAGAAAAUCACAUCUCAUAAUUAUAAUUUUUUUCUACAGGAAAAAUUUUGCCAGUGAAGGACAGAGGAGGAAAGCAGACAAGGGGAAAAAAUCGUGACGGAAAUACAACCCUGAAUUGGGGAGAUGGCAGGGAAAGUGGAUUUAGAGGGGACUGAAAGAGUGUACGCAGGAGGCAGCUGGUGAAGUGGAAGCUGAGAUAGAGGAGAGGUUGGUGUAGAAGAGGAGAGGCUGAGAUAAAGAGGGAGAGAAAAGCUGAGCACAGGUGUAGACAGCAGCAGACUACCAUUUUCUACCCCGACAAGAAUCGACGUUCAAAGAGUAAUUCUGUCGUCUCUCUGUACACUUAACAAGAGGGGCCGGAUUCUGUCGGGAUUUCAAAUGGGAACGACAAUAAGAAUCGGCCUGAUUCGAUACUCUCAAAUUUUAGGAAAGGGAUUUCUACAGCAGUGUCUGUCGGUUAAUCCUCAGCAGCGGCUGCUGGAAGUGCAGGGAGUGGAAAGGAAAGCCAGAGCGACAGAAAGGAUGUUCAGCUUAGUUAAGGGUUCUUGAUCACUUUCAAACAGGGACGGAAAUAAAAAAUUCAUUGGCUCACUAUGUCUUUUUUGGUUUUAUUGUGUAGCCUCUGUGCUAAAUAUCUGAAGAAAGCAGGGACACUUUAUUCCCUUUUAUUCCAUAAGAUGUUUUUGCUACAGUGCCUCUCUUCUUCAGUGAUUGUAUGAGCUAUUUAAAGCCUCAAGGGUCCCCAACUAUUCAGACUGAUCCAAACACAACAAAAAGGUGCAUUAGAUAGAAGUCAAAAGCUAUGUGUAUUCAUAGAAAAAACAUAUUUUCCACCUAAAUGAAAACCUUUUAAAAGAUGGAGCAAUUUACAAUCAAGCAGUGAUUUCCUGCCCUACCAUCCCCCCUCCACACACACACACACACACACACACACACACACACACACACACACACACACACACACACACACACACACACACACACACACACACACACACACACACACACACACACACACACACACGCUCAAAAGUCUGUUUAUCUUAGCUCCAUAAACAGCUCUAAAACAGUUUAUGGAGGACCAUAUGACACUGACCAGCUCAUCUUUUGUAAAGAGGUCAACAUGCAGUAUAGCUCUGCUGACUCUUUACAGCUCUCUGCUUAAAAGUUCCUGUUUUGUUUCGAGGUCUUACAGUAUGAAUUUAUUCCUCUUAAACUGAAACUCAAUGCAGCAAAAGUAAAUUUAUGCUUUUCUCUGGGGCAAGAGAUAUUGAUUUUAGCAGUCUGCAACUAUCCACACCGCGUGGUGGUAGUUAUAUUGAAAGAGUCCCAGCUUAUAAAUAUAUGGGGAUUUGGUUUUAUGAAUCAUUUACAUUUAAAAUCCAUGAUUUGCAAACUUUGGCAAAAACUGUGAUUAUUCUAUACAAACAGAUCCAACUUAACUCGUACUUCUCGGAAAAUGCAGUCUUAAUUCCAGUUCUCAAUCAUGGUGAUGUUAUCUUUAGACAUCCGCAGCCUCCACCCUCAAAUCCCCGGGCUCAGUCUGUCUGCUCUUAGAUUUAUAAUUGGUGAUCCCUUUGACUCUCAACAGUGUAUUCUUUGUUGGUCUUCUCUUGAACAGAGGCAUGAUAAGCACUUGUAUGAUUUUCUUUUUCUCUCUUCAUGAAUAAAGUCUCUACCAACUGGACCUUUUAGACUUAUUCCACUAACCAGCUGACGCUUCAGGUCCUGCCUCUGAACUUGGAAAAUCCACACACACCCUUUCCCUUGUGGACAAUUCAAGUCAAUUAUACCAGAUCACUUAAUCACAGUGUGUAAUUGUUUUCACUGAGUAAUACUUGGUGUAUUUUCGUUGCAUCUCCACACCUCAAGGAUUUCUGAGGCUUAAAUAAACGAUGAUGAUGAUGAUUUGUGAUUGUAUAUUUAUCUCCUUGCAGAAUAAGUAGUGUCAUUUGGAGAGCAUUUAAGAGUUUGGCAGUAGAGUGAAAGCUAACAGCGUGGGUGGGGCUGACCCCUAACUCCUCAGUGUUAGAGCUAUAAUCCCUGCUCACUGAGAUAUAGAUGAUGCCCUCGUGGGGAAUUGGUCACAGAGUCUGUGGAGAGUUAUCAUAACCCCAGGAAGCACUUAGAGCCCUGAACUCUUGGCCUCAAAAAAAGCUCGUGUAAAGCAGUUUCACUUUGAUGGCUCUCUUAAAGGCUUUACUCGCUUUUAGUCCCUUAACAAAGCCUUGUCUCAAACCUCAAUACUUCUAAAAGCAUACAUCUGGCAUUUGGUUCGAUUCUAGGAAGGGACGUUUUAAUACCAUCCUUUUCUUCUUGAUAUGGAUUCAGCUAUCUUGGCUUAAGUAUCUCUCCAUACACUCAGGGUACCCCUGUAAAUCCUGGGCAACAAUAAAAAUGUACAUUUCAUCAUUAUUUUCGCACAACCAAGUUUUUACUAAUGCAGUAAAAAGGCGCUAAGAUAACUUUCCCUGUGGAACGGCCUGGCUCAGAGCGCUAACUGAAGAAAAGCUAACAUCAGCUCAAAGCCUUUCAGACAUGCUAUGUCAGAUCAGUCCUGGGUUUUCAGUAGAAGCUGUUGUUCUGUGUUUUCUACAGUUUAUAAUUAUCAUGAAAUUGAAUCCUGAAUCCUAAAAAGCCUGCUCUUUUGUAGCCCUCUAAAACAGCAGUGUACAACACAAGUCAUAAAUUUCCUGAAUAUAGAGAAGAGAAAUCUUGACUUCUAACCAGAGGUGACUUUAUUCUGUGUUUUCACUGUUAACUAUUGGUGUGAAUGUAAGCAGAAUAUAACUGGUGGAAAUUGAAUAUAGUGCUUCAGUAUGUUAGUGUACGAUCAUCCAAAUAUACAAAUCUAUUUGUUUUUUGCUGACUUGGAAUGAGCUUUUUAAACCUUCAUAGGAUUGAGUCCUCCUCCAUGUCGGCUGCUAUCUUACAUCUCCAUGUUUCUACCGCAGCACAGGACUGAUAAACUAGUAACAUCUAUUUUGCAACUUCUGAGUGGGCACAGUUUUUGAGUUCAGUUUUAGAUCGCUUAUUAUGACGGACUAGAUUAAAGAUAUGAUGCUGUGUAUUAUCAGAUUCAUAAAAGUACAUGAAGUCCCGGGGUUUUGAUCGUAUAUUUCCUGAUUCAUUUGUUUUGAUGUACAGCUCCAUUUUGUUCAGAGAAGAUCCUCAGAGGCUACCUACAAAACCUUUUCAGUAUUUGUCUUGGCAUUGGCUGUAGUGGCACUGAAACCUUGAUCUGCUUUGAUUUACCUUGGCAAUAACAUACCUAACAAUAUCAAGCCCUAAUCUUCACCUGUGCUUUCCUUCUCUGCAAAAGCAACUGAAUCUUUUACUUUCAAAAUACCUCCUACCUGAAAUAUAUUGCACUAAUAAUACUGCAGAGGGAUGUUGAAGUAGCAGGGAGUGUGAGUUCAGAAAGAGAGCACUGUAUGGUCGACAAGUCAUGAGGGACAUCUUCACCGCUCUGAUUUAGACACCACUGUGUCUCACUGGGAUUGUGUUACACAAACAAAAAAAACCCCUCUGUUUUUGAUAGCAAAGCCCUAGUUUUACUCAUUCUUUCCCUGGCUGCUCUGCAUCGAGGAAAACCGCAGUUUGAUUCAAGAUAAGCUCAAAAUGGCUUCUCCUCAUGUGCGUGUGUAUGUAACAUGGCAGUUAUGACUAAAGUGGUAGUGCUGGAGUGAAAAUGGACACGCAGACCAGCGCCUGUGGUUUUACACAAGUGGAGAGAGGGGUGCCAAUCCGAUUUCUCCUGCUCCACACUCAUGGCUUCCAGGGAGAGUUGUCAUCCCGCUAUGUCACUUUGUCACUCACUCACUCCUCCUCCUCUUCUUCAUCUAAUUUCUGCCCCGCUCUCCUCCAUCCAUCAUCAGCCUCCUCCUUCUCCUCUGCAUGGCCUCCACCUGUUCUGCCCUGUAACCCCCCCCCUUCCUCCUUCUGGAAAUGUGCGCAUGUUGCUUGCACGACAGUCUCACCCCCCACCCACCCUUCCUUGUCUUGCCUGCCUUGCCUUGAGAAGUGUGGUGAGACUUGGACGGACCCUGGCAAAUGAAGGGCAACACAGGGGGAACCGUGGCGGGGACGUUGGUGUGACGUGGCUGUGGGAAUGGGGACAGGAGCAGCUCUGAGGGAGAGCAGGAAAUGUCAAUGUAGAGGCUCAGCACACAUACACAAACACACACUUGGACACAUGGACUUACACUUGGCUGUACUGACACUUCAGCACUCAUACACACUUGACUAAAUACAGUUCAGUCCAGCACCACUGACAUCCUCCUCCUCCAACCUUCUGUCUCUGACCCUCUUUCUUUCCCUUUCUUCUCUCUCCUCCUUCUUCUUCUUCUGUCUAUUUCCCUCUCGGCCUCUCACCAUGUUUCACACUGUUCUCUUUUUUCCCUUUCUCAACCAUAUCCCUGUCUUCCUUUUUUUCUGCCUCUCUUUCCCCCUCCUGCAGAGCCCUCAGUGAAUCCAUCCAAUGCCGGCGUGGUGGCAGGAGCUGUGAUUGGCUCCCUGCUGGCUCUCCUUUUGGUCGCCGCUCUCAUCGCCGUGCUCGUCACCCGUAGCCGCAGGCAACAGCAAGGCUACCGCGCCAACGGGGGCAGCGACAUGAAGACGCGCAUAUUCGGUGGUGGAAAGAAGGCCAGCAAGAAUGGUACGAGCGGCGGCACGGGGAGUGGCGGCGUCGGAGGCGGCAACAACAAUGGCCCCAUCUACGUCUAUGAUGAGAACUCCUCCCACCAAGGCCUCGCGGAGAAAAACAACCACCACCAGCCACUCACCAUAGGGGGCCGGCCCGAAGUUGUUGCAACUACACCAACCGCCCAAGACAUCCUGCUGAGUAAUGAAUUAGAUGACGCAGAGAGGAGGAAGUUUGAUGAGCUGGAGGAGGACGAGAGGUAUGACCACUUCUCAGGCGGGGCCCCUAUCCUUCAGCUCCGCCCUCCACAUGACCAGGAAGAUAUAAUGGGAGAAUACCUGGAUGAUGACAUGGAGUCCCAGCGGGACGGCUCGGUCAUCUCUCGGACUGCUGUUUAUGUAUAGAGGAGAAGGAGGAGAAGAGGAAAGAGAGGAGGAAGAAAGUAGAAUGAGCAGAUUCCUCCGGUGGAUUUUGUGGCUUCAGGGUCUUAUCCCUGUUUGAUAGAAAAAGAGAGAAUAUUACCACUUUUAUUUUUGAAAAUUGAUUUGAAUAUAGCCCAUUAUUAAUCACAGUCAAGCCCCCAGGAUGGACAGAAUGAACAGGGAGGUGUGGUAGGAUAUUCUGAGCGGAGCAUUGCUGUAAUUUGUCUUCAAGAACUGGAAAUCAAACGGAGAAAAGAAAAAAGCCCGUCUCCCACUGUUUCUGCUCAUGUUAUCGCUAUCACCGGGACCUUGACAAGGACUCUUGACAGACAAAAGAGACAAACUGUGUAGUGUGGGAGUGAAGUAAUGGAUUCAUGAUACAAGCUUGACUAUAGAAGAGGCAAACUCAAUCGCAGAUUCACUCUUAUCUUCACCAAAACAGUCGAAGUGGAAAGACUUGUCAAGCCAGCUACAUGUUGCCUGCUUGUCUCAGUCCUCCUGUGAGAAACCUUUUUGUUCUGGUGCUGCGUUGUGCUGUGACAGCUGCUGGCUGGGUUGGUAGCAGGUGAUGGGUUUUGAGGAAAGCACUGAGAGGUAUAGACGGUAACCAUCGUGAGAUUUAGAAAAAAGACAAAUGCAUAUGUGUCUCUUAAACUUAAAGAAGAAAAAAACAUAUCUAUACUAUCAGAGGCAGUAUAUGUAGAGAAAAAUUAUGCGCUGCUAACCCGAGUUCGGCUGAAUCUAUCAAUGCGAGUUUGCAACGAGUUCGAACCAACUUCAUAACAAGGUAUUCACAUACAAACUUUCGCUCUGUGCCUGGAGGAAAGAGACGGUAGACAAGAGACAAGGGAAUGAGGUGGAGCCGAUCUGACAGGGUCAAGGGAUGGAGAGAGGGAUGCAGGAGGCAGGAUAGCAAGAGAGGAGCAUGUCUCUUCUUUUCUUCUCCUCCUCAAACGCAUCUCCUCAGAGCGCUCCUGACAGGAGGAGCUUGAUUGGUAAUGAGCCGUGAAGUUGCUCGCUUUAGCCGGGACCAACAGAUUGCCACCACUUAUCGCUUAUGACGUGGUGGUUCCCCCCAACCCCACCCUCCCGUCACCACCUCUAUCUCUCCCUCGCCCCUUUCUCUCUCUCUUCUCAUCCCUCUCUCCUGAUGUUUAUGGGGAGUUUAUGAUUUAUCCAGGGCGGUGUCGAGGUCAUGGCCGCGGAGAGCAGGGGGAGUAUUUUACUGCUCCUGAUGUGUCAAGCGCCCCACUUACUCUAUUCCGGCGCGGCCUGCUGUGACAUGUAGGACUGACUAAUCCACCUGGAGUGGCCGUGUUCACUUCACUGCAUGGGUGCCCUGUCUCCUCUUUUACUUUAGUAAAUGGCGAGACUAAACAGAACCCCACCUCCAAAGUGCGACCGCGUUAGCUUAGAUAGAUUUUCUAUUACAUCAUCUUAUAUAUCUUUCCAUUAUCGGAUGUUGCUUAAUGCGGCGAAUUGAUCAGGAGAUAUAAAGGUCCAGUAAUAACGGUUCAGCUCUUGGAGUGAUAUUGACUAAGAAACGGCCCUUCAUAAUACAGCUCCGGGCAGAUUGUCUCCUGACUGUUAGUUUAUCCCUCUAACAAGCCGCCGGAGGCCUGUUCAGGCAAAUGUUCCUCCUAGCUACUGUACACAGCUGUCUUCAAGACUAAGUGUGUACGUUUAACAUGCAUCACUGUGUCUAUGUAACCACUGGAUGACUGUGAUGGACAAUCUCUGAGAGAAGCUCCACUGAAGCUUCUCUAAUCAUGGGUUUUCUGGCCUUCUAAUCAACUCCCCUUUGACCCACUGGGAAUCUGGUGAGGGCGGUUUUUUCGAUGACUGUACUGACCUUUUGUAAGGCCCAGCUAAGAUCUUGGGUUGCAGAUCGCUGUAGGUCCUGAGGUGAAAGGCAGAGUGACCCAUUGCCAAGGGCAAGAAAUGAGCGCGCCUGCCUGCAUUUAUUAUCCUAGCUGCUUGUAACCUUGAACUUUGGAUGUAAAAAUCUCUUCUUUACAGCUUAAGGCUGAGAAGAUCCUUGUUUGCUAUUGUGAUGCUGUAAACCCUCAGAGAGGGGACCGGGGAGGGACAGGGGGAGCAGAUGACGCUUAACAAAGACAGCUUCCCUGUUUGAGCACCGUCUAGCAUACCGUAAGCCAGUGUGUUCAAUAGGAUUAUCAUCUAAUGGCCUUAGCUUAUACAUAACCACAGCUUCUAAACCUGGGGUACAAUAAAUUUACCGAGCACGGCUGAUUUGCCACAACCACUCUCAAUAAAAAUGUAUUACUUAUUUUUGCACUUGUGUGUGUCACCGCUACAAAGAGAAAUCUGAGUGUAACGUAGUCUCGGGCUAAAAAAGGCAACAUAAGGGACAAAAACUGUUGUAUGUACAUUUUGGUGUGAGGUAUCUGUGUACUAUAUAUGUAAGCAUCUUUAUUUUUCUUGUGAAAAUGUGGAUAUUUAUGAAAAUGUAAAUAUCAGAUCGAUGGAGCCAGUGUUGCCAGUGUUGUGGAUGUGGAGAGGAAGGAGUUCUGGGUCGGGAGGUUCAGAUGUCUCAGAGGUCUUCAGAAUGUAACUUUUAAUCCAAUGAAAACCUCUCUAGUUCGGCGGUGGUCUCACUCAAAAAUACUGAUCUAGCGGAUCUGAAUUUACUUCAAGCCUAAGAGUCCAUUUGUAAAGGAGGCAAAUUUAUAUAGAAAUGCUAGUUCCUUUUAGGUUGUUAAAUUUCAUACCGCCUGCAUUUCCACAUAAUAAGCACACACAUUUUUUUGCACAAUUGGCUUCUCCGUCUCGCUGACAGACAUCCUGCACAGUGCAAAAAUACCCACAGUACCCAUAAUUUAUCAGGUAGACUGUAAACACACAGGCAGUGCUUGUGUUGUGCUUGACUCAGCUGCGUGUAUAUGUGUGUGUGUGUAUAGUGAGCGUCAGUGUGUGUUUUGGUGAUGCUUGGGGGACUCUGGGACAUCUCUCACUGCCAUGGGGUCAGCCACCUUGUGUCUCCAUGGAAAACUCGUAAAGUGAAGAUAUUAUUGUGCAUGGGGACAGCACACUGACUCACACACACCGUACACAUAUAUACGCAGAAUGCAGAGAAACAUUCACCCACGCACAAACACCCCUCAGUCACUCUCAUUAUGCUCACUCCCACAGCCAAACUGUGCAGAAGACACCUCAUACCUGACGAGUCCGCCAUCUCCUGACACGAGCCCACGCGAAUGCGCUCGCGUAGCUGCACAAACACACGCCGUAUUUUCCUCUUCUUGCUCAGUGGCUCCGUCAGGACUUGUACACAGUCCUCUUACUGUGGGAAGAUUCACAGAGUGAUGUGUCCCACCGCUCCACUUGCUUUCUUGUCUGAAUCCUUCCUGAAUCCAUGAGCGAGUUGUAGAACUGAGACACAGUGCACAAUCAGUGACACCCACCUUUCACCUCAUGUCAGAGAAAACAGGCUUUUUAGGAACCUGUUUGUCUGUUCUGUGUUUGUUUUCUGCACGGGAAAUGCAGCUUUCAUAAAAGUGCUCCUUUACUGACCUCCAUCCACAUCCAGAGCUGUCCCUCUGCUUUUAGAGAGUCCGAACUUCCCACUCCCCUUUUGAAUUUUGUUUUCGAUUUUUUUUUUUUUUCACUCCAGCCACCCCCGCCACCAUGACCACCUCUGCAGACACACACAGCAUUGCCACCCACCAAGUACAGCCCUGUCAGACAAAUUGCUUUCAGAGAAAUCCAUGAUCCAGGUCUGGGUCUAGCACAAGGUUAGAUGGUAAAAAAAAAAAAAAAAAAGAAACUCUUUCUUUACCAGAAAGCCACAUACUGUUGCUGUUUCUUUGGCUCCAAACAUCUGAUGACUAAUUAAAGCCUUAACAUCUCUCAUCUCACUUGCAUAAAAAGAAAAAAAAGAAGUCCUUCCUGUGUACAUAGUAUAAAUAUAUAAAUAUGUAGCAGAGAAAAGAAUUACUAAUUUAUGGUGUCACGUUUGUGUAUUUUCAGUGACAGCAAGCAUGAAGGAUUUAUUUUCUCCUAUUACAGUUCCUCUUCUUCUCUGUUAUUUUGCAGUGCUUUAUAAUUUAUGUUUUCGGAGUGCUUUAUUCUUGACUGCUGCGCUGUGAUUGCUGCCAAAACUGGCAAAAUGUGCUUCUUCUGUACAAAUGAACUGUACACACAACAAAACAGUCCAAAAAAUGUGCUUUUUAUUAUUAUUAUUAUCGACUGCUCUGUGUAAAAAUUGUCUUUUCUUUUUUUGUAUUUUUUAAUUUUGAUUUAUUUUGGUCUUUGAAAAAAUGAAAUUGAAUUCAACCUUGUCACAAUUUUGUCGUGUCUUUCUAUAUUUUUUUUUUCGUAUUUUGUUGCUAUUAAAGAUUUCUUGAUUUUUAAAAUGUGCCCGUGUUGCUGAGCGUGGUGUCUUGUGUCUCCCCCCCUCUUCCUUCUGUCUCCUUAACACAUAAGGUGAGCUCAGAUGACUCAGGAAGCAGAUUGAAAGAAGUGCAAGUCAUUGAUUCUUACUGAUUAGAUUUAUAGAUUAAUUGAUCAGGAUAUGAAGUGGCCUAUCUGUCUCUUGUCAGCCAUCUUUGACACAUUCCAGACGCACCAGCCCUCUCCUGAGUCCCCCUACUCUCAUUUCCUGAUCUAGCCAUUUGUCUCAUUUCAGUUUUGAUAAAUCUUUGUGUGCGUCAACAGACCUGAGAUAACAAGCUCACAGCAAACUGAGGACGGGAAUCGGAGAACCAAUUUUGUGGAUCAUAACUGUCCCUAAAUCAAACCCUGCCUCCCUCUGGUCUCUCUGAUUUGUAUAUGUGUGUCCUAGUUGGCUGAUUUGAACUCGCUGCCUUGGUAACAGGUAUGCUGUAGACUUCUGUACUCUUGUUUAAAGGGCACAUUUUUCUAUUAGGCUUUCAUCGGAGUAUGCGGCUAAUGAAGAUGGAUGACGCACAGCUCACAUGCUCCCUUUUAUUUAAGGAGACAUAUAUAUUAUCAUUAUAUUGAGCUGAGCCUCUGUACCUCUCAGGCUCACACGGUGCAUAUACACACACACAUAAAACGGGAUGGAUUUGAGGAAUGCGGUGCCGUAGCUUCAGUGGUUUUCCUGGAGAGAAGCAGUUUGUGUUUUCAGUUGGGGAAUGUGCAGGCCAAGCUGAAACUGGGUGAAUGGAGCUCCUCUCAAAGGCUGCAUUGUUUGAACUCUGACUAAAGCAAACUGGUUGGGUCAAAUUUUAACAGACGGGCGUGCAGAGGGCUGUCCGUGUGAGUUCAGGUUUGUGUGUUUGUGUGCUCAUGCAUGCAUGUACACCUGCCUUAUUUGGUUUACAUGCAGGCAGCCCCUGUGUGCUCCCACCAAAAGAUAGAGUUCAGUUCUGCUGUUAACAUCCUCUUCAUGGGGACAGUUGGUUUAUGGCAAUUAUGGCAGCAAGUCAUCGGUGUUUGCCUGCUGCUUUGAUGCCAUCAUGUAUCUGUGUGUCAUCCUGGCUUCUUGUCACAGUUCAUUUUUGUUGCAGACUUCUUCUGUCAAUGCACAGCUAUUUACUGUGAGUCCAGCCCACCAUCUGGCUCCUCUAAUUGCUUUGGAUUCGAGGCUGGUGAGAUAGAGCGCUUACACACACACACAGACACGCGCAGAGAGAGGUGCACACGCAGAAAGACACACUCUGACUCCUUUGGUUUUCCCGUUGCAUGUGAAAGACUUGAACACAGCAGACAGGCUUUUAAGCUGCAGCUCGUAAUAACAGCUCGUGCAGUUCUUUCGACACUGUGUUUGCCACAGACAAAAGUGAGCGCCUCAUGUGAAAGCGAUGACCCUGUAACUCAGAACCUGGCCUGUUUGAGCUCCAGGCAAAUAACCUGGAUCUGAAGCCAAAGUGACAGCAGCUAUGCCGAGCACCACCACUGUGUUGGACAUUAGCGUACAGUGAUGAGACACGGUGCAGAGCCCUCAGGCUGUCCAGCUAGCUGGUUGCGGCUCUGUUUAUAUUAAGUUGUGUGUGUGUGCAUGUGUGCGUAGGCGUGUAUUAGGCAGAGAAUGAGCAUGUCAGUGUGCUGUAUGGUCAAACAGCAUGCUAAAGAAGUAUGUGUGUAGACACCCGCUGGGCGCUUUGCUGGGUUACAGGCCGAUUAGAUGUCCACAGGGUUUUGUGUGUUAAGGAGUUUACAUACAAGAUGAUAAUCAGAUUGUUUACUGUGUGCGUGUCUUUGUGUAAGUGCAACCAUGUGCCAAGUGUGCGUUAACUGUUUCACAAAUGAGCACGGCUGUAUGAAGUAUAUUUAACUUCUCUCUCUGGCAGCGACAGACACUGUUGAUUAAUAAACAUCUGAUGGUGUGUGUUUGUGUGUGUGUUUGUGUGCACUGGAGGGGAUUAACACACAGACCCACUUUGGGCUCUUCUCUGCUGAUAACUGCAAACACAAUACUCUUCAUUUAACCUCUUACCCUCUGGCUCCAGACCUGACUAAUAAAUCCCAGAGUGAGUGAUGAAUGACUAGGACUGUUGUGUGGAUGUGUGAGUGAUGGAUGCGGUGACCUGAACCUUCGCAGGGAUUAAAGCAAGUGUCUACCUCUGACCUCAAUUAUGAAAGUAAGCUCUUGCAUAUUUCUUAUUUGCUUUAAAGCUGCUAGCUUAUUUUUUCUGUGCCUGCCUGUGGUGAAGCAUCAGAUCUCCAGCUGUGUGUCUUGCAAUUAUUGGAAUAUUUGUAUCAAACACUUUAUCUUUUAACUGACAGUGACAGGUCUCUCGUUAUUUUGCUUCUGUACUCCAGCGUAUUGAUUUGAGUUUGAGCUUUUCGUAUAGUUAAGAGUCCUCAAGUCACUUGACCUCAGCCUAAGUAUGUUUUUCAGUAUCUGAAGACUAGACUAGAGGAGAAAAUCCCCAGAGACAAGCUAGCCAUGGAGACAGCUGCAGCACAGACCCGACAGUGGAUCACAGGGGGAGAUAACAAGCGUCUGCUGGUGUCUAGGGGUGAAGAGGACUUUUUCAGACUUGUCUUAACUUUGCACUUUUGCUUUCUUUUCCUAUGUGAGCAGACCGGUUUGCAUACUUUCAGUUUUGCUGCCUGCAUGUUUAUAGUUGCCAAGUUUAGGAUUAUGUUAGCAGGGCUGCCAAGUUUCAGAAAAUGACAAGAAUGAGACUUGAGCGUUAUGAUGUGUUCGGCUGUCCAAAAAAAUUGACCUUUUUUAAUGUCAAUGUACCUUAAGACUGAUGUCCUCACCUCCAUGCCAGCUGCUCUCUCUGCACUGUGGCCUCCUAAUGCUAGUCUUAAUUCACCAGAAGUUAAAAAUUAGAAAGUGGGUUUUAAAUGUCAGCACUGUUGCGUGUGAAAAAUAGACAGAGACGCCAAGACCUGCCUUACAUUGCUUCUUAUUGGUGUACAUUGCAUGGUCCCUUCCGUGGAAGUAUCGAAUGGGGAAAUAUAAGCGUGAGAAAUGUCAAGUGUGGCGUGUGGUGUGUGGUGUGAGAAUAGGUCAAAUUGUAUGACUGUCACACUCAAAGCGUGAUGCUUGGCAGCUCUGUGUUAUCCUUGUUGACGGUAUGUUAACAUGCUAAUGUUUAUUAAUUGGAGCUAAGUCUCAUGAGUUUCAGAUAAAGAAAGUUAAAAAGCCUAAAUUUGACACAAUACCCAGAUGCCCUUUUAAAAGCAGGCUCACACAUAUUUCUAAAUGUUUGGAUAGUUCAGGCAGAAACCAGUAUUUCAACUCCUCAUAGGAUCUUUAUUUUUGCAUGUCUUGUCAAAUUCCUUCUCUCUCAAGGGUGACUGAUGAAAAACAGACAAAAAAGGCAAAAGAUAACCUUUAAAAAAAGGCCGUAUUCGGUAUGUGAACUUGUUUUUGAUUCAGUUCCUUCAAAACUAAAUGAAGCACAAGCUAAAAACAUCAAAGUUUGAGGAAAACAUCCUGUCAUCAUGACCAUGAGUGUGAAGAAUCUCUCUCACCACAUCCAUGUGCUCUAAUGAAAGGUGUGAAUCAUCCAAUUGAGCGCAACAGUUAUUGCAAAAAGUAACUACAAAACUAAAGAGAAGGCAUUAUUUCAAUGUUCCUCUUACCGGUUUCUGCUGUCUUAAGCAUUACCGCUGAUUGUUUCACUCUUUUGUUUUAUUGAAAUGAAAUUUAAAUCAUUAUUUUAGAGAAAUCUGUGGCGUGGAGUUCUUAAUUUCACACUGUCUGAGCCAGUUUGUGACAGAUUGAGGUUUGUUGACAAUUUGAGAAUCAAUAUGUUACAGAGCAAUCUAAUUUCUGACUGUGGUUGUUUGUGAAAGUAAAAUUAGGUGAAGGGGAUUUUCAGUAGCACAAGAUAAAUAACCAUUGUGUUUUUUAGAACAGGACAUUAUGUCUUAUUUUAUCUAACUCACUGUCUCCUUAGUUUGGUUUCUUUUACAGAUUUUUGAUGGCCGCUGUGAAAGCAAUAGCUCCAGGCAACAAUUACUCUGUUUACUCCAGAAUAAGAAAUUACCUCAUUACCUAAAAUGUUAAUGAAGGGCUGAUAAAAAUUCCAGGUCUCUCCAUGUCUCAAUAUGUACUUAAAAAUUAGAGUUAAAGAAUGAUGAACUGGGUUGAUUGACAUCAAUUUCCUCAAAAUGCCUGAAGGGGGGAAGCCCUCUUGUAAAAGUAAUGAAAAUCCUCCUGAACAAGUGGCGAGGCUUUAGAAGUACCAGACUGGAAAAUGUAUUUCUUGGAGCCAAGUAUCAGUAUCAUGUCAAGCAAGGUGAAAGCAGCGUGCAGAGGGCGUUUCAUUUGUAAAUAAUCCCAGGAAAUUGGAAAUUGUAUCAUUCCUCUUCCUCAAGCGGUAAGCGAUAUCAUCUGAUCUUUUCGCUUCUGGUCAUUGGGUUUUUGUUAAGAUGUGUGUCCGCUGUGCACAAACACACGCACACACCUGUGUGAAACCCACCCAGGCAGACGGACAGACAGUGGGAAGUAGAUGCUCCUGUUUCCCCCGGAGACCCCUGGGUGGUUUCUCUUUCUGACUGUGCUGACACGGCGAGAGGUAACUGGGUGGUUGUAGUGCACUGCCGGCCAACUGCUAAGAGGGCAGAGAAGGAUAGAGGGAAAAGUCAGCAUGGAAGAAGAGCAAACAGUGCAUGAUGGUGUGAGAAAAGUCAAGGGGUGAGACCUGAAGCCUCUCCUACUGGCAGACACAGAGCUUCUAGGUGUAUAAAUUUACCAGCGACUGAUGCAAGAUGAAAUAAAAAAGGGAGAUGAAAAGAAGUAAAGGGGAGGAGAGAAGGACAGUGAGAGCAAAAGGGCAAAAAGUAGAACAGAGCAAGGAAACCUGAUUAGAGAUAGAGUGGAGACGACUGAGCAGAGGGCAGAGGACGAAGAGGGCCGAGUUGUUGCAGCUGUGUUGAUUUAGCUUCUCGCAGAUCGGAUUGUGUGGGUGUGUGUAUGCGAGGCAGACGGAGAGAGGCAGAUUGGGAAAGAAGCUUUGACGUCCUCAGACAGCCUCUGACCUCGACACACCUGCACAAAGCCCCACCAUCACCGGAUGAAGGCUGCAGCGUGCGUGCGUGCAUGUUUGUUUGGCGGUUAAAUAAGCCCUCAAAGGUCUUCAUGCUGAGACUUACCUGGAACAAAUCCUGUUGUAGGAAAUAGAAAAACAAAGAACAUUGCAUGAAUGCAUUAUGACCGCCAGGGAGGGUAGCUUUAAGAGAGCGCAUGUCUAUGAGUGUGUGUGUACGUGCAUGUGUGUGUGUGCGUGACUUUGGUGGGUAUGAAUAAAAGAGAUUUAUAUCAGGGAAAGAAUGGUUUGUUGCCGCUCCUAAGAAUAGAUUCUAUGACGGAAAUGAUUUUGAUGCUGUAUGCAAGCCUCUGUGUGUGUGUACAUGUGCGUGUGUGUGUGUGUGUAUUUGUGUGAGUCUCAUUUCGUGUAUUUGCCCUGGAGUGCUUUGCAGAUCAAAUGCACUUGCUGUUUAAUUCACCGUCUCAGCAGGCAGCUCUUAUAAAGUACAUGCACGCACCAGCACACGCACGUCUGCAUAACCUCAGACAGAAACAUACAGAAUGGGAGAUGAAUAUGGAGAUAAAGACGAAAUAAGUCUGCAAAUAUUUGGUCUUAGGGACUCGGGAGAGUCUUCUGGGGACUGCCGAGUCCGUAGUAAAUUGUGGAUGAUUGUGUUCAUGUUCAUCUGUGCAUGUAACGGCUGUGCAGAUGUUCGCCUGCCUGACAGUACAGACCCUGCAUGCAAAUGUAUGUUUUCCUCCAAGUGGGAGUUCUUGCAAAUGUUUUGUAAGUGCUGUUGAACAACUAAUGUUUUCACUGCUCAUUUUGUUGUUCCUCCAUAAGAUGUCUUCCAAUUGCGUCAGAUUUGAUGAUUCACAGCGAAGAACCAUGACCCAAACUUUUCCAAUGAAACUAGUUUGCAUUUUCAUUAUCAUUGUGUGGGUAUGUAGGACAAAACAGCUAAAAUUGCUGCACUGUGAAUAAUACUAAUCAGUACAUAGAAGUCAAUUAUUAAUCAAAGCGAUGAUCUCCACUGGUUAACGGACAACUUGAAGAAAACUUCCUCAUUGUACUUCUACCUGUAAUUUAACUUCAUUUAUGAUAGGAAUCGUCUGAUAAUACAUUCAUGUAUUACAGUAUAGCACGUGUAUAAUCAGGGUGCUAUUAUCUUGUGGUAUUCGUCAACACUUGCACACUGUCGUGAAGUCGCUGCACUGUUUUCCUGCUUCCUGCUGCCACCAUCAUAAAUUUUAACACAUCUACUAAGAUUUGAAUGGCGUAUUUCCCUUUGAAAAUCCAAGACAGCUUAGUUGACAAGUCAAAAGAAAUACGCACUUUGUGUCAAAUACAAUUGGACUGAAUGAAAAAUGAAAUUACUUAAAGUUUGAGCUACAAGCUUAGUGAAAAAGUAUCGCUAAUCAGACAGAAGUCAAGUGUUUUGAGUCGACAGCAACAGACUAGUGGAUGACUAUAGAGUUUGCUAGAUGACAGGUGACUGCAUUGUGGAUGACUUGGACGGGGUUGGCAUUUUUUGAUCAGUCAUAUGCCGUACUGUUGUAUUUUUCUCAGGAACAAUAAAUUCACAAUUACAGGACCAGACAGCGACCACACUGUAACUCCUUUAAAGUGCUAAAGCUCUUGCAUUAACCAGGAAUUACUGGAUGUUGGUGAGUUAUUGAUAAUAGCUCAAAAUAUUUGCGAACCAUAUCAACGUUGAUUGCACAUUGAACCCUUUUGCUUUUAAAGAUUAAAAAGCAUCCUUUAUUUCCAAGAAUAAGCACUUUGGAGCUGUCUCCUACCUUUAAGUAAUGUCUGUCUGCUACUUCUAAGUAAUGGGGGUGGUGUAUCAGUGCAGCAUUUAUUUAAAUAUUUAAUCUAAAAGUCAAGAUCAUAAAGCAGACGACAGUUGACACCUUUAACCAAGACAUUAUGAGAAAUGCUCUCAAUAUGGACUUAACUCAAAAUAAUAGAAUUUUAAAUGUGCAAUCAAAAAUGUGAUUAAUCAAUACUCGAUAAUGAAAUCAAGCAUAUAAUCACGACAAAACCAUUUUUUUCUGUCAGCCCUAACUAUAAGGAAUAAAUACAACAAAAUUGUUAUUGUCAUUGUUAAUAUUGUUGUCAUUGUCAAUAUUACAUAUCCUUAAUUCUGCACUUAUAAAACCUUAUAUUUAGUGUGAAGUGUGUGUAUUUAAUGUGUAAUUUAUAGAUGUUAAGUUAUAUAGACAAAUAUGGUAGAAAAAAAAGAAAAAAGAAAUAUGUGUAUAUUUAACUUGAGGGGUAAAUUCAGUUCUUGAACUCUGAUAAUGUUCAUGGACGAUGUUCAUGGGCUGAAACAUAAACACACAUAUGCACAAAUCGCGUCUGGCAAACAUGAACUGAUAGAGAGAUGUCAGAGUGAGAUUUGGUCCAGUCUAGUCCCUCCAGACUCAGUUACCACUGUGUGUUUCUUUCAAGUCAUUUGUCUUCAUAUGCAGUACUUGUAGACCGAGGACCUAUAGACAAAAAAAAAAAAAAUUCUCUGAGUGUUGCAAGAAAAGAAAACACAUCACAUUUGCAACCCCGGCAGCCUCACACUGUUAAUUCUUUACAUUUGAAGGAAAAGAAAUGUUGAAAUCUCAUCAAGAAUUCAAUUAAAAGUAGUUGAUGGGAGAAAACUUCACAUAGUUCUUGAUUUAUUUAGAAGUCUACUGUUUGUGCUUGUACAUACUAUAUAAAGAGGUGAUGGACCAGACUGAACUGUGCACCUCCAUCAGCGCUCCACACUGAUCUUAUCUCCACCAGCCGGUUCCCCUUCAGGGUUCAAGUCCUUGCUCUGUUUGACUUCAAAUAAAAGUGACCACAGUGAGGAGAAAACUGUCAGGGACUCACUUUAGAAUUGUGCGUCUUUGUUUGCUCAUGUGCAUUUGUCAGCUCCCCCUUUUCUAUCCUCAGACAGCCUCCCCAUUCAUGUGUCUGUCAUCUUAUCCCCUCAUCUCUUUUCCUGUAAUCACUUCUUUUUUCCCGGCACUCUUUUCUGCGGCCGCUAUCUUCUCAUCGUCUGCUGCGGACUCGAUGUUUGAGCAUUGUGAAUCGGUUUGGGGAACGGUGUGUGUAUGGCUAAUUCUAAUGCUGCCUAACUGGUCCUGGGGUGUAAAAUCCUCUGUUAUCACUCCGCCUUCUCCUUUUCUCAUUUCUAACACAUCUCCAAUCACUUGUUAUUGAACCCAGAGGCAUCAUUUGAAACGGGAAAUGCAUUAUUGAUUUAACCCAUUAAUUAUGCUCCAAGAAACAGAAAUCUGCAUGCAAAACAUCAGACUGCUCCGAGCUGAGAAGUCUUUGAUAGCCAUAGAUCUCAGACAUUAUCCUCCAAAUGUGUGUGUGUGUGUGUGUGUGUGUGUUGUGAAGAACCACUGCUGUGAUCUCUGACCGCUGCGUAGCACCUGCUGAGAGCCUCCUGUAAGAACUUUUGGGUCCUUGUUAACCCCUUCUCUCUCAUAGAUUUCUACUCCAUCGACUGUCACACACAGCCGAGGCAUCAUGGGUAACAGCCCUGACUCACAGUUGAAGUGCACUACAGUGUAAAAUGUGAGCGAAGGGAGUGAGUUAGCGUUCAGAAGAAAAGCCCGGCAUUGCAAUGCGAAGCACAGCUGAACUGCACCAUCAUCUCCUGUCCGUUUAACUGUCAGCUGGGGCAGCGGUGUAAUGAAAUAGUCUUGAAUGUACAAAAGGUCUUAUCUUAGAGGAGGAAAUUAAAUGUUAUUCAAAUAUGGCUUUUGGCAUCACAGGAGCUCUACGUGAAAUGUUUACCAAAACAAGUCGAUUACAGCUCUCACUAACGCGAACACGAUGUGAUCUCCGCCACCUUGACAGUAAUAGCUGGCUCACGCUGGCCUCAGACCUCCUAUUUUAACGGUCCGCCUUCAACAGGAGCAGCGAGCGGAAACAUCAGUUUGGAAUUACACUGUGUUCAUCGUGCGUAAUAGCUGGAACUCCUUUUGUUGUGCCCUAACAACGGGGGAAUAAACAGCAGAAUACAGAUAGUACCGAACGCUAACAGUGUGCGUGAAUGCGAGCCCACAUUGUGAUUAAUUCACGUUCUGGUACAUUUCAGUUUUCCCAAGUCAUUACCCUCCCAAAUGACUCUGGUUCCUGUGGGAUUCAGACAAAAAAAAAAGCACUUUUGAAAACAUGUGUGCCAAGAUCCAAUCUUCAUAUUUCUGUUCUGUUUAUUGUCAGGGAGGUUAAUGAGAUCUCUCCAGGAGUCAGCGUGUCAUCACAUGCCUGCUGGUUGCCUGUUAUUUAUCUGCGUAUUACACACACUGUCCAGGUGCUGCUUGCAGGUCGUUUAUCCUCCAUAUAGGUCCCCAGCACUCUGAUAUAUGGAGCUGUUACGUUUCAAUAUCACAACACGGUGCCUGCAGAGCAAACACACUUGCAUCCUGUACUGUCCAGCACCAGGUUUUUCAUGGUUGUGUUAAAGGGCAAGUGUGUGUGUUGACUUGAGUUUUUCCCGGUCAUUUAUCCUGUUUAAGGCCCUUUACUCUGUUGUCCUCUUCUUAAUACGACUUUUACUCGAGUGCUCCAGGCUGCUCUGUCCCCCAAUUGCUAUUCAUUAGUGUGGAGAGGUGGGAGAGGUAGAGAGAGGCCAGGGCACUUUGGGUUUCAAAUGCGGCUUCUUCUCAAUUCUUAUACCCACUGUAGUGCAGGUAUUAGCUGUCGUCAUUUUAUUUACGGAUAGAAGUGAAGAUUAUCUGCAUUAGUGAUUAAUCUGCAGAUUAAUUUUCUGAUUGCUUAUGCGAGCUAUAGGACACACACACACACAAACAAACUUCUUAGAUGUCUUCAUUUCUGUUGAAGACAUUCAGUUUUCUAAAUAAUAAGACUCUUAAUCCUGAAGGUUGUGCGUUUUUGUAAUUAAUCAGCCAUCAAAAUAAUCUCUGAUUAACUCUCCUUAAAUGGAUUUAUUGUUCCAGCAUUAUUAAUAGAACUUUUAGUGAUAUUUUCUUUGGAUCUAAACAUGAGCAUUUUCUUUUGUAUCUCUUAUGUGCGUGACAAGCUCUGAAUUUUCUUGACAUCUUGCCUGUAAUGAGGGAGUAAAACAAGACAAAGAUUUCAGUAAAUAUGAAUAAGUCAGAUGACUCUUAAAACAGAGUGCAUGGUGUGAGUUGGCGUGCCUGCUCAAAUAGAUGAAUAUGCUAAUAUUGUUGGCAUUUUGUGGACUUAUAUUCAUGGUGUGUUGGCGGUGACCCUGUGUGAAUGAGUGUGUAAGUCCGUGUGUGUGUGAGUGUGUGUGUGAGUCCCUCUCUCAGUGAGUAGGCAGCGUAUUACUUGUCUUGGUGCAAUGAGCCAGGCCUUGUAUUAGGCAGGUUGAGCUGCAGGGGGAAUUUUGUAACACUUGACCUGUUUCACUGAGUCAUUUGUGUGGAUGGAGAAAUAGAGGCAAAGAAGAAGAUGAGGAAGAGAGGAAGGGAGCGAGCAAGUAAAGGAAGGGUGCAUGAAGGGGGAGGGAGAGGGAGAGGGAAGGGUUGCACACGUGGUUUGGGGUGAUUGGAGGGAUGAGUGACAAUAAGAAGCGAUUGGUAGAGGAAGCGAGAACAACAGCUGGGGGAGCCGGAGGGGAGGAGAAAUGAGAUGACAGUGCUUUCACAUUUUUCUGUUUCUUACUCUCUCUCUCCCUCUCUCUCUUUUGCUCACCAUCUCUUCCUCUCACCCAAUCUCUCCAUCCCUGUCGUUCAUUCAGCAGCCUCUUAGGCAGGCCUGGCUCCUCGCCCUGCUCCUCAUUACUCAGCCCUUCAACCUUAAAGGUCAUGAACACAAACUUAGCGCUUUAAAUGCAAGAGAAAUAUAACUUCUUUAUGUAACUGUUCCUGCCAGUUAUUAUCUGAGACUUUUUCUGAGUAUUUUGUUGAAAAUUCUUGAUGCCUGCUCUCCACAUAGAUAUGAGCUCAGCUGGUGGUCUCCUGCCUCAGAGUUUCAGUCAUAUUUCUGCAUAACUUAUUCCACUUCUCUUCCUCUUGUCCUCACAUCCCCUGUGUCUGCGUGUUUUCUCUUCCCUCUAGCUGCUAAGAGCAUAAAGUGGUGAUAAGGACGGUGAAAGACAUAUUAUAAAUGUCAAAGGGUCACCUAACCCCAAUUACAAAAGAAAACUUUUGUCACUUACUCCCUGUGGUCUCCAGCCCUGCAGUAAGUUUUGAAUUUUAUUUAUCUGGGCUCUAAGAAGGAGGAGUUGGGUUUCUAGGACAGUCUUGAAUAGCUUGCCUGAUGAGGGACUCAUGCUCCAUGGACCCAAAAAUGCCAAAGUAUUAGAGAGCUACAGAGAUUUUUCUGCUUGCAUGCACAGUGAGCAGCUACCUCUGCAAAACUGUGGCCCCGUGCAUAAACUUAGUAUUUAUUUCUUCCUCGUACACUCAUUCACUUUAACAAGCCUGGCAAGAGCAACAAACAGCUGCUGUAGCAAUUAGUAGUUUCCUUGCAAACAGGGAAUACGAAGCAUUGAUGCCUAACUUUGUUUAGCCCUACACGACUAAUUUGUAGUAUUGUAACUAAGCUCUGUUUAAAUUGUACUUUCUAGUCUUCUGAUCACUCAGAGUGCUUUUACACAUUUACCCAUUCACUCUACCAUAGCAGAGGCUGUCAUGUAAAAGAUCAAUCAGUUUUUACUAAUCCUAUUAGCAUACUGCCGGCACAGCUGCUGAGGGUAGAUCAGGUUUCAAUGUCUUGAAACCCUCAACGUUUAGACUGAGAGACAACCUGCUUUAACAUAAGGGUGGGAAUCACUAGUGGCCUCACGAUACGAUUCGAUAUUAUCAUGAUACUUAGGCCACGAUACGAUAUUAAUGCAAUUUUUAACAUUUUGAAAUACAGUGAGUAUUGCGAUACAAUAUAUCUCAAUUUAUACAAUUUUUUCAACUGUUUAGCUAAUUUGUGUUUUAUGUUUGUCUUAUUGACUCAAUUUUCAUUUUCCUGAAGCAUGCUGUAUCUUGUACACCUAUUAUAUAUUUGUUGCACUAACUUUCUCCUGCUCUAUAAUGUAACCUCUGCCAACAUCACUGGACAAACAGCUGAUUUAAUUUUUCCAUUAUCAUAGAUUUGACUUCAUAUUAGCAAUUAAUUUGAAAAAUCAAUACUUGGUAAAUGACACGAUAUGAUAUAUCACCAGAUAAAGUAUCGCGAUACUAUGCAGUAUAGAUUUUUUUCUCCCAUCCUUACUCUACCACAGCUGCCCCAUUUGCGCAGUGAGUUUUAGCGGCAACUUCUCGUCUCAAGAAAUUAAGCCAAUGUGGAAGUGUUAAAAACUGCAGUUCCCCAAGUAUCCACUUGAGGCAGGCUUCAAAAGCCCCAAGAGCCACAUACACACCCAUUACAAAAUUCCCAUCAUCAGAGUAAAAAAUAAACGUUUACAUGGUGUCAACAUGAUUUUGUUCAAAGUAGCUGACGCUGCGUUACACCCGAGUUGAUGGCGUUCCAGUUAACAAGUCUGAAAACCAAGAUGGACGCCUGCAGUUACCCAUGGUUAGCUGUUGUUUACGGUUAUCAGUUGUUGUUCACGGUUAUCAGUUGUUGUUAGCCGUUGUCAGCGGUUGUUAGUUGUUGUUAGAGGUACCAGUUGUAAACAACUCACAACACAGUAUUUUACUCUUACAAACACCAUAGCACUGUGCUCACAGUUCACAACAUAUAGCACUCAUUUAAUUUCACAAAAACAAAACAGAAGUGCUAAAAAAUAAUAAAUUACGAGAGCUUUACGGUUACUCUUUACUGUUGAUGCACUGCACUGCCAUCUUGGAUUAUGACGUUGUCGUCAAGUUGAGGUUGGUGAGGAUUGUUUGACUUUCCGAGUUGGAAAUCCGACUUCAGGGGGGCGUUCCAGAUGAAUUUUCCGACUCUGAGCUCGUAAAUCCCGACUUCCAAGUACAACUGGAACGCAGCAUUAUUGUACUAUCCACAUGCUGUACAGAGGGGUAUAGGGGUUCAUGUCCAACAUGGCAACUGUUGUCAAGGCUUAAAACUCUGUUUCAAAAACCAAAGGGCAACAUCACUUAAACUACACACAUAUGUUUAAUACAGUUAAUGGAUAAGAAACUGUCCUGAGGUGAACAGAGUACCAAGAAUAGUCGGAAUGCUUUUAAUCUCUCUGGUUGGAAAAAAACAGGAAUGAACCAAGCGGCUGUAACCUGAAGGAUAUUUCUGCCAUUUGUCAGCCUAAAGUCCAAUCAGUGAUAAUGGAAAAGUUGGGCUGAAAUGGACUCUCCUGAACAUCAGUCAGUCUUGUACCUUGCUCUAACGACCUCCUUCCCAAUUUUUUACAAUGCCAUCGUCAACAAUAGAAGUGAAGCUACAAAUGAAUUCAAACAGCUUUGCCCGACUACGUCACUGUACACGUCAAAUAACAGCUGGUGCCGCAAGAUAGAUUUAGCAGCAGCUCCCCAGAGGUCCAGAGAACAUCGGCAACAACCUGCAGGCGUUUUUCACUCGAUAUCACACUUAAUCUACAUAAAAUUUUCAUUUAUCAACCCCUUUAAUUUCCUUAACCCUGCUGCCCCAGAGGCGGGGCCACUCAUGCUGUGCAGCCAAACAUCAGAACUUCGUUUCAUGUCGAAGUGGAGAGCUGAGCGUCUCCAUAGAUGCCAAGUACAUCUUAUUUCAUGAUAAAUAAUUACAUCAUAUUCAGCUUUACUUAAAAGCUGCAAGAUUAUAAACAACAUUUAAGCAACUUGAGGAUUAAACCGGGGAAUUAAAUUACUUUUUUUUAAUGGUGUUUCUUUUUUUCUUCUGUAGAUGCAUCCGUGCAGAGGAAAAAUGUAGUGUGAAAAAAAGGCCUUUUCACUCCCUGCUCCUUCAAAUCUGCUUUCAUUACCCUCCUUGUCCCCCAAUCUCACUUGUCGCCUCCUUCGCCACUGCUGCCACAUCUAUGUACAGUACACUCCUAGCCUUUGCGUUCUGCUGUGACGGCUGGCCUGGCGACUUCUGACUUUGAGCGCGUCCUGCGGUGACGCAAAGCCCCGCAGUCAGUGCAAACAGAGCCUGGUGUUUGGUGACAUUUAGCAUUUUACCGCAAAAAUUAUGCAUCGGUGUUGACAUUCAGCCUUAUGCAUAAAAUUCAUGAUGUAUGUGGCACUUCCUGUAGGCGCUGCAGCCGAGAGAGAGGCAAGGAGGAAGUCAACAGCUGAGCCACAGACACACAAACCCACAACAUCUCAACGAGAGCACAUACACUUACAGUGCGAUGGCUUUUAAAGUAAAGGUCCAAAUGCUUUCUCAUGAACUUACAUCAUCGAGCUUCAUGAAAACUCCAAAGUCAUGAAUUUAUUUCCACUUGUGUCUUCAUUAUGAAUUCAAGAACAAUCCUUUUCACACUCCUCCACGCACCUCUCUCCCUAUGGUACUUCACUUUAUUCAUUCUUUGCAGAUUAAUUCUGGGACGACACUUUUUAUGAUGCCCAAUUUAUGUCAGCAGUGAGGCAGGCCUCCCUCUCCCUCUCUCUCUCACUCACUCUCUCCACAGUCUCCUCUCUUAUCUCCUCCGCCUCAUGUCUCCGUCUCCCUCUACAUGUGCGCUCAAUGAAACAAUGGUACUUUCUAGUAACGAGCAGCCGGUUUGUCAGCUUUUUUUUUAAAAAAGGGAAGAAGACAAAUGGAGGGAGGGAGCAAGAGGAUGUGAAGAUAAUGGGUUUCUGUGGUGAUUAACAUUCCAGAGUGGCGCGUCAAAGAAAGUGUGACUGUCCUAUUGUGUCUUCACUGACAGCCAGAUGAACGGUGGCAGCAGGACCGGUUGGGUCUGUGACACAGAGGGUAAUAAACAAAGCAUGUCUAAUCUGCAUCUUAUCUGUGUCUGUGUGUCUGAGCAUCUCCUCCCGUGUCUGUGUUUGAACUCAGAGUGACACAUUCACCCUCUUUCUUCCCUGAGAUCGGACCCACGCUUACACAAAGCGGCGGUGAGUGAGCACUUCCUCUUGGUCAGUGAGUCAAGCAGAGAGCUGACUAACCGGUCAUUCAGUCUGUCGGAAGGGAUCGCCACGGUUCCUGCCACGCUGCCGCUGUGACACACCUGUCACCUGGAGCAACAGAGACCGAGCUGCCCCAGUGUGUGUUUGCUGAAAGCAUGAGAUCGUAUUAGGCAAACCACUGUUGCAUUAUGCCGGGGUGACAUCACUCCUGCUGAGUGAGCUCUCUUGACAUAUAGGAUUCACUCACUUGGUGGUAAAUGUUUGGCACACAAGUGCUGCUUCCACCUGCCGUCUUUGUUUGAGUUCAGUAGGCAGAGUAAUGGCAACGUGUGCAGAAAACAAAUCUGAGAAUAUUUUCCUUAUGAUUAGAAUUACAAACCAAAAGCUUCAGACUCCAUCUUUGAGCUGCAUACUCCCAAUAUUUCCAUUUUUAAAAGUCUCUCUUUCUACCUCUUACUGGAACAACAAACUUUCUUUGAUUUUGACUUUUGAUCGGACAAAACAAGCAAUAAAAAGUCAACGCAAUUUUUUCUUAAAUGGGCAACUGCAGCUCAAACUUCAGCCAUAAAGGACUUUUUGCAACCAUAUAUUUCAUGACUAUUUAAUGCAAGCUUCUAUAGAGACACAUGGGAGUGUAAUGGAAAUCAAACCCUUAUAUACUUGACUUUAGUGUUUAACUUUUCGAGCUGUAACUGGACCUAGGUGCUGUUGUGCCUCAGGCCUUUUCAUCAAUAUUCCCCUCUGCUUUUCGUGCUGGAUAUAAACCACAAAUGCCUAUCUAAUCAGGUAGUCUGUCUGGCGGUUGCUCGUGGAUUCACAGCUACGAUUAUUUGAUUCUCUCCAGCCCUCGACUUUGAUCCUAAUGUCUCACCCGCCCUUGCAUCAAAAUGUACAUCCAACUCUUCCCCGGUGCUCUACCGGGCCGCGCACGAACCCGCACACAGUCAGGUGUGCUUUGAAAACUGAGCAGAACAGACAGGUUUUUGAGCUAAGCUAAGCCUGGGAUUAAGGAGAAAUUUACUGCCCAUCUAGGUGUGUGUAAUAGUGUCUAUUUCUGACGGCCCUCUGAGAGAAAAUGACUGGUUUUCCCCAGGAAGGCAUCAAAACCUCUUGCAUCAUCCCUGGCUUCCACACAGGUGCUUUUGUAAUCUUCGCUCUCUCUCGCGGAUACUUCGAGAGCAUGCUGUGCAUUCUCUCUUUUCAGGAGCACUUUCAUGUGUGUGCAUGUUUGUCUGCUCAUGUGCAUGCAUGUGACUUGAGCUGGGUGUGCAUGCAUGUUCCCUCUCUUCUGGCGUGCCUAACCGGCUCUGACACAUCUGUGGCUUUUCCAGGCGAAUCAGGGCCGGUGCCAAACUGCCAAGAAAUCAAUGCAACAGACGCUGCUCCCCCCUUCUUUCUCCUCAUAUUCCUUCUUCUGCUUCCACUUCAUUCUGCCCCCUCUUUCCCUUUUUUCUCUCUCUUUCUCUCUCUCUCUUGGUCUGUCUCUGUCUCCUCUCUGUCCUUUUUUUUCUCCCUCUGUCUUGCUCAGAGCCCUUAUUAAAAAUGGAGUGAGUGUGUGCUGCAUAUUUAAAAUGGUCAUGGAUGGAUUUAAACGGCUGAUGGUAUUUAGUGUCUCCUCAGGGAGCUGCUAUGAGCCCUUAAGCUGACUCCUCUGACUGGAGCCUGACUGACUGGUGAGCACACACUAAACCUCUAAUAAUGACUUGUGUACACACUGUGAGCCAUGCACACGCACAAACACACACACACACAUAUACAAUCAGACAGGCAGGUGUGCACACGUACACACACUCUCAUUACUGCACAUUCUGUUUAGCUGCGACAAGGACGCCGGUCACGUCUUUUAUGCCUCACAAUGUGAGUUAUGUUGUGUGCGCGCGCUCAUCGGUCAAUAACUCAUUAGUCUGCCUGCUUUGAUGUAGCAGUGUGUAAAUGUUUUUAACCGUUUUUGAAGAUACUCGUACAGGUUCACAAGCGUGUCAAACUGGGUCUGUUUGAAGGGGUGUGUGCAGCGUGCGUGCGUGCGUGUGCGUGCGUGGGCGCGUUCACCACAAACAGUCAGGGUGGAUGUCACACUGAGCUCCUUCAGGUCGAGCAGCAAGUGUUUCUGUCAUGUUGUCUUUCAUGCUGGCUUGGAUUUGGGUUCCAAUCUGCUCCCAAGUGUCCUUCACUGAAACACUAUUGAUUACCCAACACACCCUCCAACGCUAAACAUAAAUACUGCUGCGGAGAAACACACCGAAACACAAACAGUCUCUGAUAAACAGACGCCCCCCUGCCCGGAGGGGAAGACAGGAGGGUUUUAAACAGGGAGAAAAUGUGAUGCACAAGUCUUUGAUAAUGUUUGACUAUUCAGAUGAAAGGUGCAUAAAAGAGCAUUUUCAAUCACUACACCUUCACUUACAGUCACUUUUGGUUAAAACAAUGAGAUCAGUGCAUCUAAUACCUAGUGGAGAGCGCAUUCAUUAUUGAUGCAACAGUCUUUGAUGGUGUCAGUUGAUGUAUGUGCCGCAGUUUGAUAUCUUUCAUCCAUGACGUGAGGGUUAAAGCAUGUCCACAAUGCGAGUUUUUUUUGCAAAUGUGUGCAUGCAACCGAGAGCAUUUCAGCGUGUUGCAUGAUGUUGGUGCGCGUGUGUUGUUCUUCUAAGUGUGUGUCUGCCUUUUGUGCACUCCUCUUUCCACAUUUCUAUGUUUGUAUUUCCACUUUGAAGAUUUCGGCCACUGAGUCAGAGUUGGAGCAGCAGCGGCGGCGGCGGCAUUGGUGGUUCUUUUGUGCUGUUGACAGAGCUGUACAGCAGAAAACAAUGAUCACCUCUGAGAAUUGUGACACAUGCACAGCAGUUGUAGAAAUCAAAGGAAGAACAUAAAAAAAAUAAAGAAAAACAACAGUCGUGUUCCUUCAGAUUUACAGCCAGAGGCCUGGAUUUGAGGUGUACCGAAUGUGUGUAUUAGUCAGUGUGAACGGCUUGUGCUUCGAGGAGGACACAGGUUACAUCUUCUUCACAGAUGCAUAAAUCACCAGCACUCUGAGCCAAGCAGCCAAUCAACUGCAUUUAAGCACUAAUGAAGCCAUUCUUUAUUCUAAUUCAGAUAAAUUGAUCUCUAAAUGCUUUCUUCACCACUUUCCCAUCUCUUUUUGUUUUCUAUUGUUUCUCACCACUCGCUCCCAGUAGCAAUGAAAACCCAAACGGCGGUAGUGGAAACGUCUUUUUUAAUGAGCAUUUGAAUUCAAGUUGGGCAAGAGCGCCGUUUUUUGGUGUCUCGACAGCCAGCAUUGUUGUGGUUUUUCUCCGGGGACGAAGGAUGAAGAGGAAAGUGAAUGAAUGUGGAGAGCGUGCGGGAACAUUACAGCACUGUGUGUCAUUAAUCAGUGGCUGAUGAGAGGCAGUUUGAGGAGAAGACGGGGCCUAUUACUGCUACGGCACUCUGAGGACACAGUGUGAGGCUCUUUAAUGCUGCCUACUCUGUGGUCAACAAUAAAGCAGGUACAAACACUGUAAACAACGCCUGAGAAUGAAUCAUUUUCCAACAAAAGAUCGCAGCAGAUUCUGAGUGAGGGCCAUUAAUUUGACACGUCAUUAGACUUCAACUUUUCCUGUUACAAGCUCUUCUUCCUUGAUUUCCUUCCCUCCUACACAUCUUUCUCUCUUCCCUCCAGCUCAAAUCUUCGAUUCUCUCAGUUCCCUGUUUUUCCUAUAUGUUCUACACUCUCCUCCUUCCUUCGCCUGCUCUGUCUCUUCCUUGCUGCGUGGUUCGUUUUCUGGCAGAAAGUGUGAGGAACUUUUUAAGAGGGUGACAUGAAGAGCCCUCUCAUGUAAGUCGACUGGAGCUGAGAGAAACGAGCGAAACAGACUCUCCGUGCUUAAGAGAAAGAGGGAAGAUUGCCAAGUCCUACACAUUGUUUUUUUCCUUCAUUAUAUGUAAGGUUUCUGCACAGCAGGCUGCCGAAUAGAUUGCAGUGCAGCAGUAUAUAGAGGCUGUUACAGUGAAGCAUCCUGGCUGCAGGGGAGAAAUCUAAGAGGAUAGCAGAGUUUCAGGUUGAAUGUGGUGGGUAAUGAGGUGAGAGUCCUUUCUUGCCAGAGGUUAGCGGUGGUUAGGAGGGCAGGUAAACACACCAGCUGCUCCUGACUGGCUGGCCUGAAGGCCAUGGUGACACUGGUGGAGGAGGGGAGAGAGCGGGUGAGGGUGGAGUGAAGAGAGGAGAGGGGGAAAAACAGGGCAAGAAGAUGGAUGGGAAGCCCAGAGGCAUAAGGAAGUAAAAUAGGUAGCUGGAUAUUACCAGAUUGCAACAUUUAGUGUAAUUUACUGUAUUUACCCUGGUGGGUAGCUUACCUUCUACAGUCAGCUUCCAUUGCAGCUGCUUCUUCCCUCAUUAUGAUCUGUAAACGUGAUCUAAGUCGACAGUAAUAACCUGAUUACUUUAGCUUACAGACAAACCUGUUUUCCUCUAGGCGUGUAUAUAUGUGUGUGUUACACUUGUUUAAAAUGUGGGACACCUGCUGCUGUUUGAAAGGUCCUUUUGAAUCCCUCACUUUCUUACUCUUACAGGAAUAGUCCUUAGGUAAGAAGAUCAAACCGCUUUUUAAGUCAGCGUGCAGUAUGAAGCUACAGGAUGUGAUUAUCUUGGCGUAUUGUGGAGCGGUGGAGAGAGAGAGAGAGAGAGAGAGAGAGAGGCUCUUUAGAAACUUGUAGAAUCUGUCUGAAGCUCAGAAGUAAACAAGUUAUUUAUAUGGUUUGUUUAAUCUAUACAAAACACACAUGCAUGAAAAUGACAGCUUUUUAAGUAGAUCAUACAGCUUGCAGCAUUGUUUAGACAGGGAUAAUGCUGAAGUUAGCAUCUGAUUCACUACACCGAGGCUUGUCAGAUCUGGAAUACAUUACCUUUAAGAGUCUUUUCAAACCUUUCUAUAAAAACACAAAAGAGACACUCACAUUACAGCUUUUAAAACCUUUAGACCACACUGAAUUAAAACCUAAUCUGGAACAACAGUACUUAGAUUUGUCAAAUUUAAACUAGAUUAUUGCGAAUCUGCCAAAUCAGAUCACCGUGAUAUUGUUCAUCUUCAAAAAUAACUUUCAUUUUCCAAUCUGUUCACUGUGUUUGUAUUCUGUCAAAGACUGAAGAUAUGGCUUUAAUCAGAAUCAAGAUUUCACUGGUCUCAUGCUGUGUCAGUGAGUCUGCAGCCUCUCUGAGGAAAUCUGGCCCAGAUAUGACUAGUUUAGACAGUUAGAUGAAGCAAUGAUAUCAUUUUUGUUUGUCUUUGUUGCAUUUUCUCAAACACAAUAAAACUUUUACCAGUCUGAAACUGUGUAUCUAAAGUCUGCAGACUCUUUUAGUCACUUCAGACAAGUUCUCACAUGUCUGGAUAUAGUGGUUAGAGUUAGGGCCAUAGACUGUAUAUACUAAGGACAACUUGGUUCCUCCUACUGCCGGACUUCCUGAAACCAACAUUACUCAGUAGCAUUGUACACAUUCGGUGGGAGAGUCGCCAAGAGUCGCUGCGAUGACGCCCGGCUGGAACAGCGUAUCGCUAGGUGAGCUAUGCAAUCUUCGCACGCCCGUAGGCUGUAUCAAAUGUCAAUCAUAGAAAACCUGAGCCCUCUAAUAACUUUUAAAAACUGAGCUGUACAGAAAAAAAGAGGACUUGGGCACAAACCAGUCUUACAAUAACUACAUGUCAACAUCACAAGCAGGACGGAGAAAAAUUUAUGUUCUGUGUAAUAAAUUUCUAAAGUUUGUCCACAGCUCCAUAAGCUUUGCUGGAGGAGGUGAGAUUUAUGACCUAUACUGCAGCCCAUCACCAGAGUGUGCUGUUCUCAGGGUGGCUUCACCCAGCAAGGAGGCAGACAGUGUCCAUUCUAUAUACAGUCUAUGGUUAGGGCCUGUUUGAAUGUAGUUUAGGGGUUAAAUAAAGCAGUGUAAUCUCACUUUUUUGUGUUUCAACAAGUAUGUUGAGUCUCAAAGAAAAACACGUCCUGGAAGCUGAAACUCUGAGGCUAACAUCAGUGUUGUCAAACAUGUCCAGGACAGCUUUAUGCAAAGUUAAACUAAGCCAAGUUCUUCUCUGUUUUGGCUUCAUGCAGAUAACCAGUGAAUAUGAGCGUAUUAAAAAGUAUUUACUAUCUAAUCCAACUCUCAAGGAGAUUUCUCUUUCAGAUGGUUUGUUCAGAUGGUUUAACUCCUCAACUCUAAAUUUGUCUUCACUUUCAGGGGAAUAACCUUUUGAUUCUGUGAUGAUUUUGUGUUUUCCUGCUCGAACUGAAAUACAAAUCACAAUUCGCAGACAGUUGUGAUUAAAAAUGAACGAGAUUGGUUGAUUUAAUUAUGAAUGCAUAUUUUUGCAUGUAUUUAUGAUAAAAACAGGACAUCGCAGCUCUUCAGUGGAGUACAGUUGUGUUGGGAUUUAGUGAACAUUACGUGUAUCAUAAUAAAAGGCCACUCCAUAAAUAUUGAAAACACAUUAUCGCGUUAAUAAUUUCUUCUCCUCUGGCACUUUCAACAGAGUUUCUCUUCAAACCAAAGCCGCUUUUAGUUUUUUUCUUCUAUUCUAUGAUUUAUCUAUUUAGUUUAAAUAUAGAUGCCGCCUUUUCAUGCUGUCACGUAAGUUUUGAGACAAGAGUGUCAAGUGUCGUAAUUAGUUCAGUCUAUUAUAAUUUCAAGUGCUAACAUAGAUUUUGGACUGAAUGUGGAGCUGUAGAUGGCAUGAUAACCUGCUUUUUUGCUUGUUGAGCACCUGUUACUCUCUGCUGAGUACCUGCUCUAUGUUUCUACCUGUUUCCUCCUGUCCUCUCUGUGUGUGUGUGAGAGAGAGACAGAGGCAGAACCAGAGUGCAGCUUGUAGUACAACAGAUCAUUCAUGUCCUGAGUGGACAGCCACAUUUGGCUAAUGCAACCCCGCUUUCUCUGCUGGCUGCAGCCGGCCACCUCAGUGCCAGUGUAAAGUGGACUGUAAAUAUUGACAAGGGAGACAGCAAGAGGCAUCAGCGACCUUGUCAGAGAGGAGAGGGACGAGAGAGGGAGAGAUGGAGGAGAGGGGAGGAGAUGAUGGAGGCAUGGAGAAGAGGGAGGGAGGGAGGGUGGAGAGAGAAAGAGUUCCUGCCUUCUCCCAAGGCAACUGAGUGUGCUUUGAUGCACUGUGGCAGGGAACACACUGUCUCCCCAGAGAGGGAGAGGAGCAGCGUCUCACACACACACAUGCACACACACACACAUGUGCACACCAUGCAGAGUUUUCACAUUAACCACCACACGGCUUUUUAAAAUGUCACAACGCACACACACACAUCCAGCACCCUCGCUCACAGUGUGCACACCCAGACAACAGUGUCAGUGACACGGAUUUAAUCCUCAGAAGGUUGAAAUGCACGAGGUUGAGCUCUGGAAUCACAGUAGAUUAGAAAUGACCAGUGCCACUGAUCUGCCUUAACUUCAAAGAAUAAAAACGUCACGCACAAACACACACACACAAACACACACACAAGUCAGCACUCCCUUCAGACACAUGCAGAGAGUGUGUGUCCUCUCUGAGCCGCUCAGCUGGUCUUGUUGUCUGAACAAGCUCGAUCAAUGGGGGCUGAUUUGUUUUGUGUAGAAAGGAGAUGUAAUGUUCUCAUGAGCGCGGUGAAUAGAAGAUGACAGUGAUGGAGACGGGACAGUGGGAGUGGGUGUGGAAUGUCUCCAUCUGCCUUAAAAUUAAUGUUAGAGGUAGCUGCAGCGCUCAACACCGUGGCACUUGCAUUGAUUGUGAAUAAUUUAAGAGUGUGUGUAAGAGUGUUUUUAGGCCUGCAGCUCAUGUAUGUAGUUUCUAAGUAAAGCCACCAGCUUAACUUUGUUCUAUUUUCGCUACCUUUUGUUUUUUCUCACUUUUCCCCCCUUCCUUUGCUCCCCCCUCCUCCCCCGUUUUCUCCCGCUCACUUCAUUCGGUCUAGUUAUCUUCACGUUGAUUAUUGGGUUACCUCGAUACCACAGAGUUCGGCAGGUGUACAUGCAUCAACCUGACUAAAAGAGUCAAUAGAUGGAUGGAUAUGGUGUAUGUUUAACCUCCGAACCUAAGGCUUGGCUUUUUUUUUUCUUUUCUCUUAGUGAGCAAUGAGAUUACAUGUCCUGUGUUUUAUCUUAAUCUCUUUCAGAGGCCAUCAAUUCAUUCGGUCCUAAUCUCAUCUCCAGGCACUCUGCUGCAACUCUGCUGGCCUUGUGUGUUUUUCCUGUACUGGGGCAGUUUCUGUAUCCUGUGUCCCUGCUGAGUUGAAAAGGCUCGAAUUUCAGCCGUAACCGGUUUGUCUCGAAACUUUGCAUUAAGAGCAAAACCUCCUCCGAAAACUUCCAGUGACGGCUCGAAAAACAACAAAGACAAACUCACCAAUACUAAAAAGGGAAUAUUAAAUCAAAAAUAUGUUUUCUCCUUCAAAGACAUUAAUGGUGUUGGGGUGAUCAAACACAGUGGGUGUAUAUAAUUAAGACGACACUUCUUACUUUCUUGCUGAAAAGCAUACUCUAGAGUGACUUGAAAGAGAGAGAGAGAGGGGAAAAAGGGGCAGAAGAUGACACGCAGCGAAAUUCACAAGCGGGUCAAUCCUCACGUCAGCACCACAUGGCCGAGGCUGCCGCCCGCUGAGCCAACAGGACGCCUUUGGCUUUGGAUAUUUUUGGUCAACUGUCCCUUUUUAAGAGAGUCAGGCUAACCCAUUAGGAAUGAAUUUGAUCAGUGGCUGCAGCAGGAUUGUGUUCCUAGUGACCAGCGGCCUGCUAAUCUCUUAAGCCAAGACCAGCCACAUGUACAUCUCAGCCUCUUCUCCACUGGACCUACUGCAGAUGAUUGUCUCUGUUUUCAAGGCUGGUUAGAAGCUAUUCAGGGUGCCUCAAAACUUUUGCAGGUGUGUGUGUGUCUGUGUGGGUUCACAUGUUAUGUGUGUGUGUGUUUUGAGAUUUGUGGAAGAGGUCAGGGAGGGUAAUAAAAACAGGCUUAUCUCCUCUCGUUAGGCACAGCAGAUAAGAGAUGCGGAGGGAGACGCUGCAGAUUUGUGUUGUCGUAUUACCGGGCCAAACAAGCAAAUACCAAAUUACACUGGCGAUGGAGCGGGGAUGACAGGAAAGAGGGAUGAUGGAAGUGAAAAAAGAUGGAUGGGUGGAUGGAUGGAAGAAAAAGAAGAGGGGAGGAGGCAGAGAUAAAUGCAGCGAAAGCCAGGGCUGUGCGCAGGGAAGCUGAGGAUAGGCAAGCAUGUUAACCUUAAUCCCUUCAGGGAGUGGCGUAAACACACAGGGAAAGAGAACAAGGUAUUGAGUGGAAAAAAGAGGGAUGGAAGAUCUUUGUCUCGGCACUCUCUCCUUCAUCCCCCUCAGUGUGUGAUCAGCCAGUUUCAGGCUGCAGCAGCAGCUGGGAAAUCCCUCACAAGCCAGCAUCUUAAUCACAGCCUUCAUCUCGCCGGGCUCUUCCUGCUGCCUCACCCUCUUUUUCUUCCCUUCUUUUGAUUCCUGCCUCCUCCUCUCUCUCCCUCUCUCCCUCAAUGUCAUUCUCUCCCGCAAACUCCACUGUUUGACUCCACGACUUGACUCAUCUCUCAGCGAAUCCUCUUUCACUGAGCACCCUCCUCGUUUCAUCUCUUUCCUGUCAAUGAGUCACAUGAAGUUUUUAAAAAAGAGAGCUGAUCUGUCUGCCGGAUGUUUUUACUCCUUUAAAAUUUGACAGAAAAUGAAGCAAUAAAAGGUAAAACUUACACACAAAAAAUACAAGUCUUGCCACUGGCCUGUACUCUGCCAUGCAUCCCAAAGCUCCAGAGAGUCUGGUGGUAUUUUCAACCUCGCUGAAAUGGUUCUGCGGUAAUUUCAAGACAGUUUCAGCAAACCAUCCAGCCUCAUCUCCUCUUCCUCUGCUCCCUCCGCCUUCUCCAGGCCUCAUGGGAGAGCGCUGGUCUAUGGUUGACUGACUGGACGGGCAGGGUUGAGCAAUGGAGGGCUUCCAUAUAGGGAGGAGAGGGAUGCGUAUGGAACUAGAUGGUCCCUGCAUUGAUCUGCUGACGGAUUUCGAGCUGACCUUUAACUGAGUUUGACCACCUCUUCACUCUGCAGAAAGAUAAAUAAAUCAGCGCACUGUCAAGAAAGAGAUGCACAACUCCUCUCUGCCUUUAGGCCCCGCUGGAUUAUUUUUAGCUGUUAGUCCAUUUGUGUACUCAUUUAAUGUGAAUAUCAACGCUUAAUUAUGUAAAUAGACAUGUUUUCUUAGAUGCAUGAGGAGAUAGGCUGCAGGACAAAGGUUGCACUGCAGACUAACAUAUUUGCGUAGAUGUGUCAGUCUGUGUGUGAUGAGGUUAGAGCACAGGAUGCCAUCUGCUUCUUAAUACAACAUCGUACUUGAACCCACCAGAGUGUGUUUUUGUUUGUAUUAGUGUGUAGGAUUUAUGUAAUACUAUAUCUGCUGGUGAGUGCACGUCUUGUUUUAUGUCCUUAGCAAAUCGCCGCAGAGAUUUAAGCAGGCCCAGCAGACUUAUAGUACACAUGCUGUCUUUCCCCCACUCUCUCUCUCUCUCUCUCUCUGUCUGUCUGGGAUAUUUCAUUAGCGCAAGACAUGGCCGCCGUCCAGGGCCAACACAGAGGGCACGCUCUCGAGUCAAGUCAUUCAUACAAACGCACCCUACCUCAAUCCUUGAAAUUGGCCUCUCUUUUUUCUCUGCAGCUCUCUCUUCCUCUCUAUCAGAGGUUAUCAGAGCGGAGAGAGCUGCUUUCUACCUGAAACCUGCUGAGUGAGAAUCACUCCAGUUGGAUAAUGACACCGUAAGAUAAGAAAAGGUAAAAGAAAGCGUGGGGGGAUGGGGAUGGGGGGCUUUGAGGAGUUUAAAAACAUCCCAUGAGCCAAAACAAGGGAUGGUGGUGUGAGGAGAAACAGACCCAGCAUUGGAAUGAGGAAGUAUUUGCACCAAAAGCACAUGAACAACAAGGCAGGUAUCAGUGUGAGUGUGAAUGAAUGUGUCCUACAGCUGCUCAUGUAGUGCAGCUUUUAAAGAGACACAGCACCCCCAUGUGGCAGACAGUCGACACGACAUAGAAGUAAAAUUUUCAGAUUUAGAUGUGAUCUGUCUGAUGCCAAAUUUCAGUAGCAACAGUUGGAAGUGUAACAGAGCCUGAGUGCCAGCUUUUAUUUCACAUCCAGUCCGUUUCAGUUGCUUGAGUUUUUGUGAAGAUGCCCAGGUCUUUUAUGUUUUUGUGUGUGCGUUUCAGCUUCACAAAUAAUUCCCUUAAUACCCUUUCAAUUCCUUCAGGCAAAACGCUCCGUCUGCAAAACCGGCGUGACUCAACUCCGAAUGCAAAAGUUAAAUAUCCUCCAAAGUCCUCCAUGGCUAGUCCUUGUAAAAUAUCUGACUAAUUAUUCAGCAGCGUUCAUUUGAAGUUACCCUUUUUUUUGGGGUCUUUUUAUCACACAGAGUCAUAAAUAUAAAAGACAGCAUUUUAUGGGUGAGCUGAAACAAAAGUAUGUUUUACAAGCUCCCCGUUAGACACUUUUAAGAUUGUUGAAUGAAUAAUUAGUUUUCAUUUCCUGCAGCUCAGCCUCGGUCUCCCCUCCAGCAUAAUAACUACUUGUCCUCAUAUCUUUAUAACAGGAGUGUUAGAAACCAUCCAAACCCUGACGGUAUAUAUCUACUUUUAGUGAUAUUAAAACAAAACUACUGAUGAUUAAAAUUUUGAUUCUUUGGAGAUUGGAUUUAAACGAUAAAUUUUAAACAAAGCCCACAUUUAUUGGAUUUUUCCUCACUAAGGAUUAUAAAUUGGUCAUAAAAUACAAUAUUAAUAAAAAAAGGAGGACCAGCUUAAGACACGAUUGAAUGUUAAUGCUAGUGUGUGAAUGUGUCACUGCUGUCUGAGGACAAAAGAGUUAAACUGUGUGCUUAUCCACGUUGUCCAGACUCAAAAGCACACAUCAUGACACUAAAGCUGUGAUUAGUAACAUUAAAUAAGUGCACUUUUUGUAAGUUAGCUAACAUUAAUAACUCAGUUUGCAAAGUUUUUGUCAUUGUUACAUUACAGCGGACUGCAGGUCAGUACAUUAUUUUAUCAUUCUGCAUCCCAAAAUAUUUGCCUUGAAUAAAGUAGAAGUGGUACUUACAAAAAAAUUUGUUUUUUAGUAAUUUGCUUCAUCCCUGAAAACACAACCAGUUUUGUCCACAAGAGGUCACCAAAAUAAACACGACAUGAAAACACCUCCCAGUGCCUUUAAAGCUACUGCGAGGAGAUGUUUUUACGUUUAUAAAGCUGACUAAGAGUCAUAUUGAUGCCUUUUUAUGAUCACCAGAAGUGAAUAAGAGCAUCAGGUAGAAGAUUAGAAAUUUAUAAAUUGUCAUUUUUAUUGCCUAAAACUGAUGCAAGGGGGUCAGACGAUUAGCUGAAGAAAAUUUCCACAUAAAAUAUUCCCCAUUAAUGCAUUACUGUGAGAUUUAUCUUUAAAAAAGUCUGUAGGAUGAAAUUAUUGGUGAAAAGACACUUCUUAAGCAUGUAGGGGAUAAGAUAAGCAAAGACAGCUUUGUCCACAGGGGGCGCCAAAUUUGACACAGAAGUGAAACCCCAUUUUGCUGUGGAGCAAACAUUAUCAGCACUAUUACAUAUUCAUUCUUAUUUCUCAGAAUAUUUUUAAUAUAUUAAAAAAGUGAAGAAAACAGUCUAAAUUAAACCCAUGUAGUGGGUUGACUUGUGUUUGUGAUCUGUUUAUUUACAUUAUAUUGGUUAUUAAAGCUGCUUUUUUUGCUGAUUGUGAAAUACUGAGCUGUUCAUGGGAUAAACCACAAAUUCAACUCAAAUUUUACUCCAUGUAUGAGUGCUUUUUGUAGCUAGUGUCCCUUUAGACACAGAAAACUACUUUAGAUGCAAUGAGGGCACCACAUGUUGGUUCUUGUCCCCAGAUAGAAGCAGAAUUCAGUUUUGUGCUGGGGGAAAAAACAAUGUAAAACUUGUUUGUACCCCACAGAAUACAUCCAAACAACAUAAUUAACUCAGUUCACCCCAUCAAAAGAGGAUUUUCUGUUUAUUAUAUCUAGGGAACUCUCUUUUCAUCAUUAAAGAGCUAGAAGCUGAGUGAUUAUUGUUGUGACUGUGCAGAUUAAGGUGCACACUGCGCUUCUUAAAGCUUCUUAUUAUUAACUUUAUUUUUUCUAUUUCUAGUAUUUGAUUAAACCAUUCCCAGGUUUUUACUUUUCGGUGUCUUCAAUCAAGCUUAGCAAAAAGCCCAAAUUAUGAUAACAUGACCUAAAAUGAAUGUUUGUAAAGCCCAUUGUGGUGGCAGACGGGAACACGCAGGCUUUUUGUAAUACUCAGUUCAAUAAAACAGCACAAAAGAGAGGAGAAAACCACAGCUAUUGUACAGCAGGGAACAUGUUGGGUCAUCACCGAGAGACGAUGUACUGGGUUGUAAUAGGUAAUGGAAAGAGAUGAUCAUUAGGACACUUUUAUAUGUGAGAAAAAGAAUGGAAAUUAUUUUGGGAGAAAUUCAAAGAAGUCUAUUGUUAGAGGAGAAUUGUAAUUAGGGGACUAACAACAUUCAAUCAUGACCCGUCCAAUUACUGCAACAGGAGUUUGUUCUCAUCAAAUGAGCUUCAGAUCCUCUCUGCCCUUUACCGCCCCCUCAUUAGCAUAAUCCCCUGGGAAUACAGGGGGAUAAUGAGCCGGGCUGCACCUUCAGCAAACACAUAGUGUGUGUGGGUGCGUGUGUUAUGCAUAUGUGUGUGUGUGUGUGUGUGUGUGUGUGUGUGUGUGUGUGUGUGUGUGUGUGUGUCAGUUCAUGUUCGGUGUGGUCAUGGUUCAUUAGUGGAUCCUCUGCAUGAUUCCUUUGGUUCGUCUUAAUCACCCAUGUGACUCAACGCUCUAAUCAAGACCCUUUCUGUACCUCACAGGUGUUAAGACACACACACACACACACACACGCACACACACACACACACACUCUCACUUUUUAUUAGGCCACCCUUGAUCAGGGUCUUACAAUGAGGGGGAACGUUUAUCUUUUUCUGGAGUUUUUUAUUUUUUUACCACUUUUAUUAUGUCCAUUAACUUGUUUUUUUUUUCUGUGAUUCAAAAUUCUGAUCCCAAGCUGGCGUCCCAAAAGCCCAAGACUUGAUAAGGAUGAACACCUCUGCUGUAUCUGUAUUUGUUCUGAAUUGGUGGUUCUGUUAUCUUUAAUUGACAGAUUCUCCGUGAAUAAAGAAAUUAGAGUCUGUAUUGAAAAAAGUAUGAAGUUGGAAGUGGGGUGAAACAUUUUCAUUUCGGGCAUUUCAAGGCGUGUUUGGCUGUAAACAUUCAAAAAGGUCCCUUGAAUGUGCAAUAACGCAAUCCCAAAACCUGCCAGCAAUCAUCUUACCAAGAUAAAUUUUAUUGAUCUCAACGAACAUGCAAGGGCCACUAACAAUCUGCUCUUUCACCAUUUUUAACCUCCAUCCUCUUUUUAGUUGUAAGUUGGACUGUAAGUAAGAAUAAGAAUAAGAAAACCUUUAUUUAUCCCCUCAGGGAAAUUCAGUGAAGGGCUAGAAAAAGGAAGUCCUCUGCUCAAAUCUUGAAUGGUUGGUCACUAUUAAAAUUCCAUGCAAAGACACUUAAAAGAUUUCAGGAUAUUGCUGAUCCCUUUCAAUAAAUGUCUAGGACUGACCCUGUUAAAGUACAUUACUUUUUCUUCUUUUCUGAAUAUUUAAAGAUAAGGUGAACCAAAAAAUUCUUAUGUAUGUGGGAGUGUAGAAGAAGAAAAGAAAAAUGUCUUUAUUUUGGGUGUACAGAACAAAGCUGGCUCCCCUGUCCUGCUUAUUUAAGGUAGCCUCACGUUUAUUUGACAGACGUGAGGGCAGUAUUGUUUUUCUUAUUUAAACUUCAAAUUGAUCGGGUUGUUGGUUAGGCUGCAGUUCACGUCGCACUCGACUUGAGAUUGAUUUCCAGUCAUUCCUCAUUUCCAUUCGCAGCAUUUCCUGUCUACUCUGAAUCAGUCAUUUUGAAUAAAUAUACAACACCACCACCACUACCUAAAAAAAAAGUAUUGUAAUAUAAGAAUGAAUUUCUUGUAGUGUGGUUCUUUUUCAAAAUACUGAUUGAUGAUAUUUUAGCAUUUCAAACCACCUGUGAAACUCGCUGCAAUUUAACUGGGCAUGACGUUUGUGGAUAAAAAAGGUAUGAAGCUAUCUCUGAAACAUGAAGUUAUUAUUUAUCAUCCUUCAUUGUUUGUUUGUUUUUUUAGGCACUCGUCUUCCAGAGAAAGGAGCAGCUACAGGCAGCAUCAUCGGAGCUCUCAUUGGAGUCAUCUUACUGUUGGCCAUCAUUGGAACAGCCAUCGCCAUGUACCGCAAACGCAAAGAAAGCAAAGAGUGAGUGUCUUUUUCAGUUAUUUUCUCCACAUUGUUCCUCUGGAGAAAAGUGCUGUGCCAUAUGUCUCCUAUUUCUGUGACUCACCGGAGAGCUGUGUGUUUGUUUCAGCGGUCCACCUAAAUACAAACCUCCUCCCCCUAAGAAGACCAACAGCUCUGCUAGCAGGGUGAGUCAGCAUCAGGAGGACAGAGUUAUGAACCACAUUUCUGCUCACAUAGAAAAGCAAACAGAUUGGUUUAAAAUCGACUGAUAUUUGCUGCUGACUGAUGUCUGUAUGUGUGUAUAUGUGUGCUCAGCAGCUGAACACAGCCCCUGCUCCUGUGGCCGAAGACAGACCUCUGAACGAUCAAUACUACUCUACCCAGAGUCCAGAGCCAGUCACAGUAAGGAACUGUUGGUUAAAAAUGCAGACCCACAAUUGUGCAACUAAGAUGUACAUUAUUUAUCUUGUGUUUUUUUAUGACUUAAAAAACCCACACAGCACACGGAGUACAGCAGUGUGAGUCACACUGUCUCCCGGUUCACUGUGCUUUAUUUACCCAACAUUUUCAGCAGUCUUACCAGUAUCAGGGUGGUGUGUAACUCUGCUUUAAGAUCACCAUCUGUUAAAGUAUUGCAUUUUGUUUUAAAAAAUAUUGUUCCCUGUUACAAAAUUCACUUCUAUGGCCCUGCAGGAUCCAACAGCAUGUCUGCUCUUUCAUGUUCUGCCUUCUGUAUCGGCAAAAAACUUACUGUUGAGGGACAUACAAAUACAAGUCGCACAAAACUGAUUUAAAAUGAUCAUAAUAAUAGCAUAAUAUGCAGUGUUUCUUUAACACAUAUGGUUGAUGCGAACUGCGAACUUGUUUCAGCAGUGGUCAUUUUGUAAGUUCUUGUAUAAUUCAAGACGUUUCUGUUUUUCUGUAUUUUACCAUGUCAAUAUCCCAUCAGCCAGAGGGAAAUUAGAAAGACUGGGAAUGAGUUGCAGUCCCAUUGUUUUGCAGAGUAGUGAAUAGCCGUUUAAUUACCAAUCCAUUUGUUGGAGGCCAGUCAGAAAAGUCAAAACAAACUAAUCACCGACACUGCCCGCUGGAGUUUGAUAAAGAUUUGGGUAAUUCAGUCCAGAACUGCAAGGCUGCUGCAAAACACAAAUAAACAUGAUAAAAGAUUCACUCGGAGCGGAUCUGUUUUUCACAGUAUUGUGAAGGUUAUUAAUAUUUAUCUAUUCAUCACUCAUUAAACCAGAGUAGGUAGUUUUCUAAAAUCAGAAAUACUUUAUCACUAUACCUGAGGGGAAUUCAAGCGUUGCAAUCGCAGAAUGUAGGCAUGAAGAUGUCAAACACAGAAAAUUGUAAGACAUAAUUUUGUAAAUAAGUAUGAAACAAACUGUCAGAAAUAUAGUAUGACAAAUAUGUAUAUAGUACAAUAUAGAAGACAACUUAUCUCAGGACAAGAAAAGUAAAAAUAAAGCAGUGAGUAUCUAAUAUGAGAGAUGUAAAGAUAAUGAUAAUAAAAUGAAUAUAAAUGGGAUCAGUUUGGUGUUUAAAAAGUGUCAGGGCUGUAUAGAAAAAUAUAAAUUACAUUUAAUAGCAGUAUUGUUGAAAUUAACAUUAUAAAGGCUGUCUUAAAGCUGAGUAUUACAUCAACUUAUUGGUGCCUGAACCUCAAAGGGAGGCAUUGACUGAUUAAAUAUUCACAGGCUGGAAUGAUUUUCUGUGGCAUUUUGUGGUGCAUUUUGGUGGGUUAUGUAUUUUUUUAAUUAUUACUGUUAAAGUUAAAUCAUCUGAAACUGCAGGAGCUUUAACUGACAUCAUAGACAGAAGUUGCUGAAUCAUUUCAGCUGAUAAAAAGCAGUGGAAGUAAAAAUACACUGUGAUUUAGAGACUGUACAAAAAGAUUGUUUUUAGAGGAUCCUGUUUUCCAUGUUUGCACAGAUAGAUACACACUGUUUCUUUACAGAUGGACUCAGAUUGAAAUCUGCUCUCAUCUUGUCUCUGUCAGGACCUGGAUGCUUACCACGAGGAUGAUGAUGAUUAUGGUGCAGACAUCAGGGAGCAUUAUUACUCUGCUGCCCCCUCUGGCUGGGAUGAUCCCAGAGACAACGAGGUCCCGCCUCCUUACAUGCGCACAGACAGCGACCCCCAGGACUAUCACCAGGGCCCCAAUGUCAACCGUGGGGACAGCUUUGUGUCGCCCGCCAUGUUUGUGUGAGAAGUCACAGAGAAGGAGGAGGAGGAGAAGGAGGAGGAGGAGAAGUGCUUGCUUGUGUGUAAAUAUGUGUGCAUGUGUGGCUGGGUGAGUGAACAUUUCUGCAGGCUCAAAUGAGAUAGAAAUAGCUCAAGCUGCGAGGAAGUGUGAGGACCUAAUGUGAACAUUCAAUGCCUAGCUCUGAAUUUCAAGUCUGUGCUGCAAAGACCCAGAUCUGUUCUGCCUUUUUAUCGAAUAUUUAUCUGUGAUCGGGUUAUUGGUAGUGAUCAGGUUUUAUGUGUGUUGCUUUUUAUAUUAAAUCUUUAAUCCCUUAUCAGCUUGAGCCUGCAGGACACAGUUGAUGCUAAUGCACUGUAUAGUUACAGCUGCAGGAACAGAAUGCAAUCAUCAUUCUUGAACUGUGGCACAGAUGAAAUUGAUGUGGUUUCAAAUACCAUAUGGUUGCAGUCUGAUGCUACAAUGGAAAUGAACAUAUUGUUUCGUACACUGUUACAGAAAGGAAGCAGAUGUUUCUGUCUUGCAUUAUUGAAUGUGAAGCUGUAACACACAUUAUGGUUUCUGACAUGUUUGGUUAGCAGAAGCACAAUAUGAUGCAGCAUGUUACCUCUGUCAAGUCUUAUCUUAUAGCUGCUAUUGGUUUCUAUACCCGGCUGGCAGGCAGGCAGUCGGUGUAAAACAGGCGCCCUGUGGAGAAGCUAUUAGCAGCAGUUAAUCAGGCAGCGCCAAGACAAGACUCACAGACCGUGACGACAUCAGGGUGUAAAACUGCAGUCAGGGGGGUUAACUGCAGGAGAAAUCCUUUAUUUAUGUUAAUGUUUGUGUUUGAUGUAGGUUUUUUUUCUAUUUUUAUUGCUUUUGCCUUUUGAGAAAAAUUCAGCAUAGAGCACAACUCAGGUGAAAGGAGUAGAUGAAGAAUGAUCAAACGUUUGUCAGACGGUAGUUUUAAGCUUAGGUUUUUAUCUUAACUUGCAAUUAUCCAUCCAGCAUUAAAGCCAUAAUAAGACAGUUCUUCUUGUAUUGUUGGGAGUUAUCUGUUACUUUACAAAACUGCAAACUUGUGUGUGUGCCUAUUUUUAUUUUAUUUUUUUACCAUUAUUCAUGUUGCGCUUCUGACAUGCUCCGAUGGAUUAGGAUAAAUCUGGAUUACGUCCAUGAAAUCUGUUUCAAUUCAUCUCCCUAGCGGGGGAUUAAAUAGUUGUCUCUAGACCUUCAAAAGGGGUUGACAUGGAGCCUGCUAGUAUACUGAUUUGUCUGUCCAUCAUUGGGGUAAAGGGUGAAGCUGGUUGGAUCUCUUGUCUACUUCAAAACAACCCAAAGUUAACUCCGUGUGUUAGUGCCAACCAUCUCAUUUAAUCUAAUAUACUUAGAAGAAAUGUGAUCUCGUUUUACUUUUUUACUGAUUAUUAUUUUUUUAUCUCUUCUAUUCUUCAUGGAUUGUGUUUUUAAAAUUAUCUUGUGAACUGUUGAUUCAAUAAACAUUUAUAUUGUGUGCUGGUU